CAGAUUUGGGGGGUAAAAGUUAGAAAAGGUGUGGGUUUUUUUACAUUUUUUUCAUCAUAUUUUUUAAUGUUUUCAUAGUAAAUUAUAGGAUAUGAUAAAAAUAAUGGUAUCUUUAGAAAGACCAUUUAAUGGCGAUAAAAACAGUAUAUAAUAUGUGUGGGUACAGUAAAUUAGUAAGAGGAAAAUUACAGCUAAACUCAAACACCCCAGAAAUGUAAAAACAGCCUUGGUCCUUAACGGUAAGAAAAUUGAAAAACGUUCUGGUCACUGAGGGGUUAAAGAUGAGGGGGUAUGUUUUUUUUUUUUUAAAUGCACUGUACAUAGAUAUCCAUAAUAAUAUGUAUCCCUAUGUGAUAGUGUGCAUUGAUUUAGAUGGCAUUACAGAUUAUCUGUUUGUUUUCAGGCCAUGGAAAAACCUCCAGAGAUGCCGCUUCUGUACGUGCCACACAUCCCAUUCCAGCCGCAUGUGGAAUAUAUUACUUUGAAGUAAAAAUUAUCAGUAAAGGAAGAGAUGGGUAAGUAAAUUGUGUUGUAUUUGUUUUAAAAAUUAGGUUUAUUUUCAUUCUUGUUUGGAAGAAUGUUAGUGAGUAGAAAACAUUAGAAUUUUUCAGAGGGAGUAACAGUUUGAUGAGAACAGCACGGCCAUACUUAUUUGUCAGUUUUUCUAAUGUGGGUGGCCAAUCUGUAACUAUGCAUGUGUUGUUGGCAUGCAUAACCUCCCUGCAGGUCUGUAUCUGUCAUGAAUGUUUGGAAUUGUACUCCAGCAACAGCUGCAAAAUUCUAGCAGUUUAUUCAGUGAUUUGAGUUGACAAAGCAACCUGAAAAUGUAGCCCAAAACCCACAUCACACUUACAUCCCAUACAAAUACAUGCAAAGUAUUCUACAAAGAUCUAUAAAAAAAGAUGUACAUGAUGACAGCCUUAGGUGUCCACAAUAUUAUCAUAAAUAGGAAAAAGAGAUUCCUUUGGGAUAGGUGCUGAGCUGAAACAUUAGGGCUGUUGUGUCCACACUAUCUGCAAUUUGGAAAAAAACAACACUUAAUGUCUACUUUUAGUAGUAUCUUGCCUACUUAGUACUAUAUUAUGGAAACCACACGUGUGUCAUUAUGUUCAUCUCUUUUUAUUUACCUUUUUAGACUAUUUUGUAUGUAUUUGUAUGGCUGCUUUGUACUAAUGAAUAUUCCUUUGAUGGCUAUGUUUUGCUAUGCUUAUUGCAAGGUGUAUAACAUUUAGCACCCAGUUUUCUUGUUUAUGGUUCUACCUUUCAAUCAGCAGACUAACAUUACUAAUCUUUUGAGUCACUGUCCCACUGUAAGAUAUUAAACAGUUUUAGUCCGGUUUGACAACAUACCUUUGAGUUCUGCAAGGCGCCUGCUCUGCAUCUGGUCUUCUAUACCAGGAGAAGCUGAAUGUGUCUGUAGAGUAAAGCACAACUGAUGCAGGACCAUGAUCAUUUGAUGAGUGCUUUGCCAGGGAUGUAUUUACAGCCAGCCUAACACGUCAUUUGUCUUGGGCAUCGCUUUCUGGGGCAGCACAAAAAUGUCGUGGACAAAAGCCCCGGCAGAUGCCUUGUGUCAUGGGAGAACCAAGAACUGACUGGAACUUUAGGGCCCACCACAGGCGCCUGGAUUUGCAUACUGCAGGCGGGCGACGAGGGACUGCUGAUCUCUGCUCCCUCGCGUGCCCUUCUAUGAUGCUGGGAGCUUGAACAUGGCAUCACUCUGGCCCCUCUUUAACCCCCGCCGUUCCCAUCCAGAAGCCCAGCAGCCACACUGGACCCCACGGAUACGAUCCACUGCAGCGAAGCUGAGUGAAGUUAAAUUACAUAAAAAUAACUCAUUUGUGAGUGUAUGCCAAUGACUGUGUAUCUGUCCGUGAGUGUAUUUCAGUGUAUGUAUCAGUGAGGGUGUGUGUCUGGUACUAUAGUUUCCCCCUUGACAAUAACAACUUCUGUCACAUACCUGGUUCCAGCGACGCUGUCCCUCGGCGCUGGCUAGGCUUUGCCCACGCUUAUCCCGCCGGCUGACAUCGGCGAGGGAGACCUAAUGCGCAUGCACCGCAAUGGCCGCCCUCACCUUAGGAUCUCCCCAUAGGAAAGCAUUAUUCAAUGCUUUCCUAUGGGGAUCCAGCGACGCUGGAUGUUCUCAUGCAUAGGAUGUCCAGCGUUGUUUAGAAGUCGCCUAAGCAACCGGAAGUCCCUCUAUAGUGGCUGUCUAGUAGACAGCCACUAGAGGAGCAGGUAAUUAUUGCAGUUUAUAAAAACUGCAAUAAUUACAUGCUCAGGGUUAAGAGUGAUGGGAGUUUGCACCCAGAACACUUCAGUGGCCUGAAGUGGUCUGGGUGCCUACAGUGUCCCUUUAAACAGGAAGAGGUGCAGCCUUGACAGAAAGGGGUGAGGCAAAUUUAGAUGUAGGGGGUUCCCGAGUUUAGUCAUUCCUAGGGCAGCACAAAUCCAAAAUAAAACACUGUGCUUAGCUUAUAUGCGUCAGUAAGUGUGGUCCUGCAUGGCUCUGUUUCGUUCUAUAAAGAAGUCUGCAUUCUCCUGUUUACUACGGAGUAGAUGUUAAAGUUUACUAAAACUGAUAUUUUACUGUGCUUUGUCAUCCGGGCACUUUUGGCACUGCAACCACUACAUAAUUCUUGCAAUCCUUUCUAAUCCAGGAUUCAUGAUGCUAGCUGCACUGGUAUCUUGAACUUGCAAUUGUUUUUUUAGAACAUUUUCAAGUGGGCUAGGCUCUCUGCAAACUGGAACAUUUUGGUGCUUUAUAAAUAAAUAAUGUUUAUAAUAACCACACACAAUUUGUCCUCUGCCAAAUAUCCAAAUAGGCUAAUGUUUUUGUAUGAAUUUUGAAAUACUAUUAUUCAUUAAACAUAUUUCUAAAUAUACGUGUACACGUUCUUCUUUUUUUUUUGGUCAAAUUAAAGAAACAUGAUAAAAUUAAAGGUACAUUUAUUUUUUGAGUUACAGUGUUUAUUGCUAUUUUCAGAUUCAUGGCUCCUCAUUUUAAAUAAAAAGCCCUUAAUGCUUAACUUUAUAACUAUGCUGAGACAACCUCCUUGCAGCGGCUCCACUGUCAAUCCAGUAUUCUCAUAUGGAUACAUUGGAAUUAGAGGGCACACACCUCAAUCGCCACAAUCCACCUGUUUAAAAAAAUAAAAAAAAAUAAAAAGUAUCUAUGGACCAAAACCACUACAUUAAGAGGUAAUGGUUUGGGGGAUUAUGGUGUCCCAUCAUAUUACUAGCAGUUCUUUUUGUAAAUUGCACUUGAUCCUUUAGAUUGUUAGCUUGUUUGUUCAGGGCCCUGUUUACCUGCUGUUCCCGUGUGUCAUACAUGUUUUGUUAAAAUAAUCUUGUCUAUUUUGUUUCCUAUUGUACAAUAAUGCGGCGGAAUAUGUUGGCUCUGUAUAAAUAAUUGUAUAUCAGUCAGUUUUCUUCUUUUUUUUUUUUAAUGUUUUGAGAGUGCUUUGUCCAUACCCUUGUCAUUAUGGCCUUUAAAAAUACAGCAGAUUUCAUCAUAUUGUCAACUUUAACUCUCGCCUAUUUUUGAAAAAUAACAAAAAAAUAAUGAUCAAUGUCAUUUUGCUAUUUAAUGAGCUUUUUGUAAGGGUCAUUACUGUUUAAUAUAAAUUUAUUGAGCUAGACUUUUCUAUUGUAAUAUGAAUGCAUACUAUCUCUGAUUUAAAAACAAAAAACACAUCGACACCAUGUUGAGUCGGUUAAAUUGAUACCGGAGAAACUGACGGAAGCAAAGCACAGAGAGAUGGACACAGGUUUCUUCAGGAAGGAGGAGAUUCUUUAUUGGAUCACCGAUCGGGACUCAGAGGGACUAAUGUCACCAAAAAUACAGCAAGUUCUGAGCCCUGAACAAUAGUGCAGGCUCCCUAUAUAGGCACAUAACUCCUCCCAUUAAUAGCUACACCCACAUAUACCUUUAACCAAUCAAUGAGCAGAAUAUAGACUUGUACAUCUAGUCAAACCACAUGGCUCAUCCAAGACAAAGGAAAUAAGUGCAAUUUCAGUUCCUGCAUUCCUGCACAUGCUCAGUACACUGAUGACAGUAUCCUAGCUACAUGUAGCUAACCAACUGACACAACAUACACAUAUGCCACAUGGAGAUUUUGGCCUACUAAAUUUUAACCAUGCUGGAAUCCCAUCACAUUCCCCCCUUUUGAUGCCUCUGAUAUAACAUUAUUCCAGAUGCAUCACCAAUCACAGUUUUACCUACAUCUCUCAAGUAGCCAUUGAACCAGAGUAGACCUUGUAAGCAUCUUAAAAACUCCUUCAACAUUCUUCAUCCUGAAUAUAUUCUCUUCGGGCUAGGGGAUCAUAUCUUCCAGACAGCCAUUACAUGAGCCGCUGUCUUUCUCUCUAGUACUCUCUAUAAUACUACGUAGGGACCUUACCACUAGUGGAAUUAGACAGGGCAGGAGGAGGCACAAAAAAAUAUAAUAAAUUCUACUCCUCCUACUAAUGUCUUAAUUCCUCCAAGCUGCUCAUACCAACUUCCAAACCAACUACUUAGGUUAUACCCAUUCCAGACCUGAGUAGGUACAUGCUCAAAUUUAACCAUGUGGCUUGUAAGUUCAGCCACUGCCUGCCCUUCAUCAUCUAUGUGCAGACAACAGUUACUUAGAUUAAACUUUCCGCAUACACCUCCUUCUACUGCUAGUAAGUAAUCAAGGGCUAGCCUAUUCUGGUAUAUGGCUGAUCACAUCUUGGUAUUUUGCUUAGCUAGAAGAUUAAGCACUUGAGCUGUCUCAUUAGUAAUAAUCUCAACUACCGCCUGUAGUCUAAUAAUGCGGUUGAGCAUAUAUAAUCGGAGUUCUAUAUCCAUAAGUGCCAUCUUCUGCCCAAGUAGCAGGUCCAUAAUAAUUAAUAAUACGUUGAGGGGGCCACUCAUUAUCUUCCCAGCUACCUAUAUUCAAGGAUGCUCUCUCCCUUUUAUGAUUUACAUCGUAAACCUUAACUCCCAAGGUCUCUCCUGUUUCGAUUGGCAACAAGAAGAAGGAUGGCUUUGGCAUACCUAAUACACAUGCCCCUUCCCAAUCUUGUGGUAACUCCGAAUAAGUUUUAUUACCACAAAUCCAGUAUAAAUUUGCUGGGGCUUUCCAACUAGAUGUAGCCGAUAAGUCAAACCAUACCUCCUUUAAAUGAGUGUAAUUGGCAAACGGAUUAGUAGGUUCCGAGACAUUUGAAGCUGACCACCAAGUAGUAUUUUUAGUAUUAACAUUAUAGGCUUUUUGUCCCAAGCAAGUUAGCUCACCUACAGACGUGUUAUACAUUGUCCCUUUCCUGGCUAUACAAACAUGACCUAUAAUGGAGGUUUUUAACCACCAUUCCAAUUUACUUCUAGUACUUACUUGAUGAUCAGACUGGAAAGGUAUCUGUUGUUCAUAUGUCUCAGAGCCAGGGUACCAUAUUUCCUUUGCCUCCCAUGGCCACUGGUCUCCCAUAUUAGUACCUCCACACACAUAGCAAUUAGUUACAUUAAGACUACCUGCAAUACCCUCAGCCAAAUCAAUAAAUAGGUUGUUAACAUUAUGGGGAAUUUUAUCCUCAAUACUCAUCUCCUCAUAGAAGGAAUGAGAAACCUGAUGAGUUUGAGUUGCCACUGUCUCAGUUUCAAGACCUACAUAUAUUAUUGUUCCUGAAUCUACUCCUGUGCCAUAUAUUUGGAACCCAAACAGACCUCCAAACCUGUCAAUAAAGUACUGCAGAUUGGAAAUGGUCAUGUGAACGGGGUUACACACAUAGUUUUACAGUAUGGUGUGGUAGGCAACCUUUGGAUAAUCAUAUCUUGAUCCACUGUUUUUCCCAGGUUGCCCAACCUACACAUGACCAAUAGGGGCAGAAGUUAGUCUCUAUUUGGGCAAUCAGGAUCAGUAGAUCUUUUACUGGGACAUAAGUAUUUAUCAUUAAACCCAUAAGUUCGUUCCCAUUUAAGAUUACCACAUACAUUCCAAAGUCUUCCACUACCCGAAAUCGCCUUACAUGCAUCAAAUAGUAGAAUACCCGUGGAAUGUAUGGUGCUUAUCACAGUCCUAUUUAUUAAUGUCCCCUGGGAGUUACUAUUCCGAAUUACCAACCAAAUUGUACGGGGUUGGAAAUGGGGAUCAAAACAUUUAGACUCUCCUGAUAUUGGCUUGCACACACUAUAAUCAAUAUCCAAAUAUCUACAUUUAGAUACAGAUCCCUUACAUUCAUACUGUGAGUGCCAGAUGAAAGUUUGGGAUAUUUGGUUACCUGUUUUAGUAGUCUUAAUGCAACUAUCGCAAUUCGGUAUGUCUAUACUCCUACCUUCCUGAAAAAUCAUAAAAAUACUAAGACACAAUAAAACACAUUAUUCCUGAAAUCCUCAUUUUUCUUCGACCGUGCGAUGGCCUCUCAGCUUCCCGAUUGUGAGGGCUGCAAGGAUGUUGUUCUUCUGAUCCUCACUUUCCUUCACAGAGAUCCCUUCAAGAUACUCUGGCUAUGACACGUAGGCAGGUGGUCAGGCUUUAUUAUGGCCGUCAAAACACCUACUUGAUGAUCUUUGUAGACUUUUAAUUAGAAUGUCUCGAUAUCCCCUCGUCACUCCGACUGAGUUGCACGCUUCAACCGGGUCCUGCAAGGAUUCUCAGGAUCUGGAGUAGUUUGCCAAGAGUCUGCUGCUGGUUUAACCUUAGAAUGAUGAAUCCAAGGAGUCACUUCCGCCACCUUUACAGCUGUUGGGGUAGAUAAAAGAACAACAUACAAAGGCUAACAGAAUACACCCCGAGCUUUAACUCAAUAUGUAUUGGUGGGAUAUUACGAGCAAGUCCUGGAGGAUUAUUUUCUUCCCAUACUCCUGGAAUGUCAAGUAAGGAUUCAUCACUCUUAGGGUUAACACUUGUCACUAUGGAAUAGAAGCGUCAUUCUUCUUCCCUUGGCACCGAUAUCACCAUUAUGCCUGGUAAUCCCUUAAACUUCAGAGAUGUUAAUCCAUUAGGUAAAAGGUUAUCUGAGUUUAAAGCUUCGAUAAUAGAUCUCGUCCUAAAAGUUGAAUCGGACACUCUGGCAUAUAUAGGAACUAAUGCUUCACCACAUGGCCUCCCAGAAUACAAGUGCGACUCUUAAGAACCGGUCUAGCUGCACUUCUCCCAGUAGCUCCUAUCACAGUUAUAGUCUUCCCCGAAGGCGGAGCCACCAUCUUAGUCACCACAGAAUGUUCAGCACCUGUGUCGAUCAUGAAAGAACUUCUCUUUCCCCCUAUUGCUACAUCGACCAUAGGCUACGCUCGACCAAGUGGGAUGGAGCCCAGUCGGUAUCAAUAGUCUUCCAUGAUAGUGUCAGCCAGACCCACAAAAUCUCUAUCCUCUCUUUCUCUAGGUCUCUGCGUGGGUGGAUAGUAUCUGUCUCCUUGAACACUUCCUCUACUAUUCCCACCAUUCCCUCUAAAACUUCCUCUUACUCUAUAACUACCACUAUAACCUCCUCGUACCCUUCUCUCUCCUUGUCUAUCACCUUCAUACUGCUCUCUCUGUGGACACUCACUCUUCCAAUGUCCCUCCUUUCUACAAUACGCACAUUAAUUCCUACUUAAAGUCCCUUGCUCAGCCUAUUCUCGUCUCCUCUAUUCACUUCCCUGUCUUUCUACACUUAAGAUAGCUACCGCUAGCAUAUCUGCCUUUUUCCUCAUUUUACGUUCUUCCUCCAUCUCCCUAUUCAUAUAUACUGUAUUUGCAAUCUCCAUUAGCUGUAUUAUGGACAUCCCUACAAAUCCCUCUAAUUUUCUGUAAUUUCCUUUUACUAUCACCUUGGGCCUGGCUGACAAAUGCUGAGUCUAUCAUUCGGAAGUUUUCAGGGGCCUCUGGAUUAAAGGGAGUAUACAACCUAUUUGACUCAAGCAGUGUCUAAUAUGGGACUUCGGCAAGGCUGCCCAAUAAUAGGUUCCAGUCUAGGAGUAGUAAGAUAAUUUUAUUAGUCAGCAUUUGGUGGAUGAAAAAACGUUUUUUGUUUAAAGUGUUAAACCAAAAACCUACCAGUAGGUGUCACCAGAGGGUAAUUGUAUCAAAAUAAUCUUUAUGGGUCUAAUAAGAAAACUCAACUUUUAAUAUAUUUAUACAUAAAAUAAAACCUUAUAGCAAUAAAUAUAUUAAAAUAGGGUAAGCAAUCCUACAUCUAUCUGUUAUAAACAAUGUAUUAUCAAUGUAACUCCCGAAGAUGGCCAGUAGGUGGCUUAGAGUGCCUCCCUAAAGUCAAAUGAAACAAAUAGACUUUAAUUAAUUAUGUCCUAUUUUAUUAUUACUUAUUUUAAUCAAUGUCCACCCUGCUAGCUAGGCUUGAUUAAAUCUUUAGUUCUAAGGUAAAUUAAACAUUUCAGUUUGUAGUUUAGUAAAAGGGGACAUUUUGGACAAAGCUGGGAGGGGCCCAUCCAGUAACUAAAAAAAAGACCAUAUACCAUCUGAUACCAUUGAUCAUUGAUUAGGGGGAGGGGUAGUACAGAAAUACAAGAGUUUGAAACACAGGAACAGAUAGGUAUGUGGGUAGGCGGGGACAGUAGAGCAGGGGGAGUGCAAAUACUGAUUAUACCAGCCAGAAAUGGGCGUGGCUACUCUAGCUCUGGAGGAUGUUUGGGGGGUUGGUAAUCAGAUGCCAGGGGGGGAGGGGAUGUCCAAAGCAGUUGUAAUUAAGUCCUUAGUUCUGACCACCAUGUGGCUACAUUGUUUCCCAUAUGACACAGUUUAAUUCACCAAGGCAACAAUCAGUUUCCAACAGUCAAUAUAUAGAAACUGAUCAUAGAAUUCCAGCCUACUAGUUACAGCCACAUGUACACCCUGCACUAAAUUUAAGUGAAGACUGCUACAUGGAGGCCAUGCGGCCACCAGGACAAGCUACUCCCUACUUUUUUUUUUUUUUUUUAAACAUACAAGACAAAAGACUAACAGCCAAGUGAAUCAGAUUAUUUCAACAGAACGUCUGAUUCAAAAAGCUGUACAAAUAUACACACAGUUUCAACAGUCACACCAAUCUCCUUAUCACCAGCAACACAUUGCGCAGUCACUAGGCCCAAACACACACACAGGAUCCUCACAUGCUCAACAAUAUCACGACGUCGCACACACGAAAUUAAAUCAAAAACCCACCAAAGACUAUACACUUAUCAAUGUAACUAUUAUUCAAACCAUACAACUAUCCACGCUAUUAAUCCAUAUAAACUAACCGAUCACAUAACAUUUCAACAAAUUCAUCUCUACAAUUAUCUGUACUAUAAAUCAACUUUUGACUAACCAACUAUAUCACAUUCUAGUAACCUCAUCUUUACAGUCAGUGGUUAUGGUACAGUUAGUAAGUGGUUAUAAUACAGUUUUAAAGUCACAGAUCAGUUAGUAACAGUUAUGGUAUUAUACAUAUAACAUAAAACAGCAAUUGUUAGUAAUUUUACACAAUGUCAGUGGUUAUGGUACAUGUCAGUAGUUAUGGUACCGUGCGCUAUUUUACAGUUAUACACACAAUUUACACUCCCACUAGACAGCAGAGCUCUAACUUUCUAGUAGGACAUACAAGUUAACCAAUUCACCAACUACAAUAUAUUUAACAACAUUUACAAUAAUCCCAACUAAACUAUUGGCCAGUACCUUGAAUAGACUACCUAAAACUAUAUACACCCGUUUUGGUUAGCCACACUGCCCAAGCACCACAUAUAGCGAACUAGAGGGCGGAAAUUGCCCUUCUAGUCUAUUUACUCUAUCAAAAGUCUAGUGGGUUCCAAAUUUACACGCCUUCCCACUUAGCCAAGAUAGGUUGAGAGCUAGCGAACCGAAUUUACACAGGCGCCGCUUAGUCUCCCGGUCCCUCCGACCUAGCGAACGUAAUAUACACCCUAGAACGCUAGUCUAGACAAGACACCGGUGUCCGGCUAGGGCUAUUUACACAGGACCCCGCCUGACUAACCAGAUCAAACGGUCUUACUAAAGAGCGUUCGAUCGAGCGGUGCGCCUUCGCUCCUUCCCUCCGACAGAGGGGGCAGAUUCCAUACACAGAUUUAAACCCCUUUUGGGCCUACCGCACAAUCGGUAUACCCCUAGUGGGUCUGCCGUCUAAAACAGCAGUUGUCUUACCUCCUCGUUCCUGAACCUGAGUUCACACUCAUCGACGGGGACACCCCAGCACUUCUUACGUAGAGGCCGAUGAUCUCCUGGACAACAGACCAGUGGCGCCGAGACGAAGGGAGGUCCACGCAGAAGUUCAGGGGUGCAGCCGUAGAGAACGUGGGCAAAGAUAGACCGUCUCACGCCUCUGCCUCUCAGCUACCGUUGAACGAUGAGUUUCCCGGCCAAUGCACCAAAUGAUACCGGAGAAACUGACGGAAGCAAAGCACAGAGAGAUGGACACAGGUUUCUUCAGGAAGGAGGAGAUUCUUUAUUGGAUCACCGAUCGGGACUCAGAGGGACUAAUGUCACCAAAAAUACAGCAAGUUCUGAGCCCUGAACAAUAGUGCAGGCUCCCUAUAUAGGCACAUAACUCCUCCCAUUAAUAGCUACACCCACAUAUACCUUUAACCAAUCAAUGAGCAGAAUAUAGACUUGUACAUCUAGUCAAACCACAUGGCUCAUCCAAGACAAAGGAAAUAAGUGCAAUUUCAGUUCCUGCAUUCCUGCACAUGCUCAGUACACUGAUGACAGUAUCCUAGCUACAUGUAGCUAACCAACUGACACAACAUACACAUAUGCCACAUGGAGAUUUUGGCCUACUAAAUUUUAACCAUGCUGGAAUCCCAUCACAAAAUAAUUAGAUAUCCCUAGAGUAAUAAUAGCUCCUUUUAAAUACCAUAGUUGUAGAACCUCAGGAUGAAAAGGACACUCCAAGCACCAGCUGUAUGCAACGGUUUGCCACUGCUCAUUCAAGUUCUUGUACAAGUCAACCAUAGUUUAUGUAAAUGAAUACUGCAGAAGUCUAGACAAAUGGCAAAAAAAAAAAAAAAAAAUAUUUUUGUGAUUUAGGCUAUUCAUGAAAUACUCAUGAACUUAUUUUUCCCUAACUCAUUGCUGGGCAGGUAAUGGGAGACAAAUGCAAUGAUGUUGAUGAACAUGAAGAUAAUGUGUAAGAGGCUUUUGUUAUUAAUCUAUUUACCUUCAGCAAUCAAAUUAUUAAUUAUGUUGUAAGUGCAAAAUGUAAAUCCACUGCACAGCAAAUACUAAUUUGCAUCACAGAUUAUCCUGCUUAUUAGAAAUGUCAUACAUAAUGAGGAUUUGUUGUUAUAAUUUUCUACAGCUACAUGGGGAUUGGCCUCUCUACACAGGGUGUGAACCUGAACAGGCUACCAGGUAUGUGCUGUAACUUGAAUAUAACAAGUAUAUCAAUAACCUGUAAUAUGGGGCGACAAAUAUUGAGUCACAUUCUAGAAAUAGGUUAUCACAGAUGAUCAUUAGUACACAUAUGUACAUCCUGGUUUUCUUUAAACUUUAGUUGAGUAUCAGAGUAUGAGCUGCAAUCUAAAAAGAGUGGGGGUCAUUCACCUGAAUUCACUUCAUUCUCUUUUAUCAUUUCAUCAACCUUAAACGUUGAUUCACAAAAGUGUUUUUUUUAACUGAAGAAUAAUUAAGAAGGAAAAGUUUUAUGAUAAAUGGCAAGCAUGACUCUUUGGCCACAUAUAUUUCAAGUUUGCUUUUCAGCUCACCAUAGCUUGAUGGUUAGGGAAUAAUCAACGAGUGUGAGAUGUUUGCUGCAUAAACAGAAAUAAACGUGAUUUACUUCCUAAAUGGCUGAGAAUUGAAAGUGAGACUGCAUGGGCAUGAUCUAUAUACACUAAAAUGGCUUAAUUGAGCUAAAGCUUGAUGCCUAUCGUGUCCCUUUAAAUGUAAGUGUUUUGUAAGGAGGGAGUGUAAAUUGACACAUUGUAUAAAUAAGUUGUCUUGGUGUGCUUGUUUUUUGUAUGCAUGAUCAAACAGUGUUCUGUCUAAAUCAAGAUUAAACAAGAUGUUUUUUUCUACCUGCUAACCAACACCUGUAGAAUAAGACAUUUCAAAGCCAUGACAUCAUAUUUUUUGUAAUAUAAAACAAAUCAUGUUAGGUGGGAACACUUGAAAGUAAAUCUGUCACUUUCUAUUGUGUAAUAAAGAUAUAUUCGUUAUGAAAUACUGAUUAAGACUACGUUUGAACAACGUAAUCCAAAGAUUCCAUAAGACAAAGUAGGUACUACUUUGCCUUAUGGUACAGCCUGAGAUUGAAAAAAGGCAGAGCUCUGCCAUCAACUUUUGCCUAAUCCCAGCAGCCGUCCGUAGACCCUCAGAGUUGCACUCUCGCAGGUUUUUGCAACUGAAGUGCCAGUAUCUGAAGAGGACCUGCAGCGUGAAGAUGAGUGUGGCCACUCAUCCACGGUAAAACUCACCUUUUUCUGCACUCUGUGGCCCAUGCACCCAUACCAGAUCCGUGUGAUCCACCAAAAAUAUAAUGUAUCAAUUAAUAUCCGUUUCUGUGCAGAGAAGCAAUUGUUGGGGCCUAUUCCAGCACAAUAUUCAUAUUUUUCUUUAUAUAAUUUUUACAUUAUUUCUUUUAAAAGAACACUCCAACAUUGAAAAUAAAUGCAUUUAUUGCUACCACUGGAAUGUUCAAGUGUUUAUAUUAGGGGGUUUUAGGUUCAUUUUUCCCCUUGAUUUAUAUUUAGAUAUUUUAAAUACGCUUCUGGUGUUGAUCUCUUGGGCCAAUCCAGUGAUUCUCAUACAGAAGCAUUGGGGUAUUACAGAGCAUUUGCAGCAGUUACAGUGAUUACCCAAUAGAAUGCUUCUGAAAAAGCACUGUUUCUAUAUGAGAUUCCCUCACUUCUGCUUUGAGCAACACUCAGUGCAAAUGAGGAAGAGCAGCCUUCCAGGUGUCUGACAGCCAGAAGGGUGCAAUUUUUAGUUUAUGAAUGUUCAGAUUUUUCUUGAAAUCGACACUUUUAAAAAAGAAGAAAGAAGGGACAGACAGAUUUUUCAAGCACCAUGACCAGGCACCAGACAGUGGUCAUGGUGCCUAGAGUCUGUAUGUCUGUUAUAGCGAAACAUUUCACAUCCAGAGUUUUACGCCUUUGCUGUUGGAUGUGUCCAGCUUCAGCAGCGUCAGGGAUGUCUAAUGUCAAUUCUGUGCAUAAACUUACAUAAAUGUACAUCCAAUUCUAUCCUGUGCACAAAAUUGCAUUCCUUGGCUGACAAUAGAUUAUGAAUGGCCAGUGGGAUUGACUCCAUCAGAAUCCAGAUGUCAUCACUGGGCACUGGAGGACGCAGAGCUCCCAGCCAAAAAUCAGAUAAUAGGGCAAAUGGUUGCAAAACGGUUUACCACAUAACCGGGAAACAGGGCCAGGGUAUCCCUGGCAGCAUGACUACAGCAGGCUGUUGGGGUUGUGGCGCUCAGAGUUUUUACAGCAGGAAUGCCGUUCCCGUUGCUCCUGCAGGCACUCGGGGGGUGUCAAAAAAUGCCGCCCCCAAAUGCCCCUGUGUUCCCCCUGUCAUGGGGGGCCCCAAGAGGUGGCCUGAUGGAUCCCCCCGGCGGGCGCCUGUCUUCCUGUCAGAGGCUGCGAGGGAGCUGUGUUCUCUCUGCUCUGCUCCCUCACGCGCCGUUUGCUGGUGCCGGGAGCCGGAAUAUGACGUCAGCCUGCGCGAGGAGAGGGAGCAGAGCAUAGAGAACUCUGACAAGGAAACAGGCGCCCGCCACACUGAAGCUCCACUGGACCCUAGGGAUAGGUCCAUGCCAGCUCUCCAGGUAGGGAGGCUGGGUGGACAUUUUUAAAUUUUAAAAAAAAUUAUAAUAAUUUGUGAGUGAGUGUGGUUGUGUGUCUGUGAGUGUAUGUGUGAAUGUAUUUGUGAGUGUGUGUGUGUCUGAGUGUAUGUGUGUGCACCUGUCAGUGUGUGUGUGUGUGUGUGUGUGUGUGUGUAUAUAUAUAUAUAUAUAUAUAUAUAUAUAUAUAUAUAUAUAUAUAUAUAUAUAUAUAUAUAUAUAUAUAUAUAUAUAUAUACACACACACACACAGUGUAUAUUAUUAUAUGUUUGGGAGGUGGAUCUUGGGUGAGUUCCCACACUUUAUUCCCCAGGACUUGACCCCUGAUUUCAGCACACUGAAGAAUUUUAGGGGUUGGGAGUGUUUAUUUAAAAAUGUUCAUUCUUUUCUGAAAAUUUAUACUUGGAAAAGUUUAAGUGCACUAACAUGCAUUUUAACCUAGAUUUUUUUUUCCCUUUAAUAUACUGUAGAGAUUGUUUAUAAAGUACAAUCAUGGGCAAACCUUUUGUUUUGUAUUCUGUUAAUGGUGAUCUGUAUUUCCUUACAAACACAAAGGUUGGGAUAAGCAUUCUUACGGCUAUCAUGGAGAUGAUGGGCAUUCAUUCUGUUCCUCUGGAACUGGACAGCCAUAUGGGCCAACAUUCACAACUGGUGACGUCAUCGGCUGCUGUGUGAACCUUAUUGACAAUACGUGUUUCUACACCAAGAAUGGUCAUAGCUUAGGUAUUGUAUGUCUCUGCUGUGAAGGAGUAAAUUGUCCCUUUAUUUAUCUUACACAUGAAUAUUUCAAACUACAGAUUGAGUGAUGAUAAUAAAAUAAAAUGCUUUUCUUGGCUGAAAGUAGUCUGGGAGAUUUAAAAAUGUUGUUCAUUUGGUUUUAGGAGGUAUGUAGUGGAGUUUGUGUUAUUAGUUUUGAGAUUUUGCUAUGACUGCUCAAAUCUAUUUUUGGCCUUUUAUUUUUUAGCAAUACUUAUGCUCUUAUUAAUAUAAAUGUCUAAAUUGAUUGAAAUGUAUUGUGUUUGUUUUUAUUUAAUAUAUACACACACACUUUUUCUUUUUAUGAAACUCAGUUUGUCUUUGCAGUAACCCUAUCUUAAAAUAAAUGAUGAACCACCAGUAAUCUAGACUGGAAGUCAUUUUUGUGUUUAGAAGCAAGGUUUGCAUGUUUUGUGCUCUAUAUAAAUCUCUAAAAAGAUAGACAUUGUUACACUAAACUAGAGCAUGAUUAUUACAUUUCUGGAGUCAUCUAAUUUAAUUUGUCCUUUAUUUUACAACAGGUAUUGCUUUUACAGACCUGCCGGUAAGUUCAAUCUUUUACUAGCCAUAUCUGCUUAAAUUUUCUUCUGCCUUUAUUUCCGUGCUUUUAUAUUGAUGGCACUAUAAUAUUUGCUUUGCUUUUAUUCUGAUUUGUUUUGUCUGGUUUUUUCUGUUUUUUUUUUUUUUUUUAUGCCACUAAGCCUCGUUAUCAGACACUACUCCUUUGUAGCAUUUAUGUUUAAGGGGUUACUUUUAUAAUGACUGCUUCAUUGUAAUUAAAGGGACACUAUUUAGAAGCUACACCCCCAAUGAAAGAAUUCAUGAUCUUAAUUAUUCAUUUUUUCCCAUUGGUGGUAUAUCUAAAAGCAGUUUGCAAAAGCUGCAGAUCUUUUGUCUGCAGCUUUUCCAAGCCCUCCACUUCUAACCCAGCCCAGACUUUCUGUAGUUGUCCAAUCACAGACAUGCUUAAGCAACUGAAUGAGAAGUCUUUGCAAAGCAGGUGUUCUGAGGAAGUGCCAACGUCUUGCAUUUAGCUCCACAUAGAUAAACAACCAGGAAGUAACAGGACUGGUAAUCUGAUUGACUGCUAGGGAGGUAUAAGAAGAUUCAUUUUUGAAAAUGCUUAUUUCUAUUGAAAUUUGCACUUUUUGUAAAAUGAAAAGAGGAUCCUCCCUCACACAUUAAGCACUUCAGCAAGCUAAAGUGCUUUAGGUGUUUUUGGAAUGUUCCUAUAACAUUGUCACCAACUCACCGCUAAGUGGCGGGGCAAACUUAGGUCACAUACAUCUUGUAAUUAUCACAGAACCUAAUAAUAGUAUAUUAGCUGUUUCUGUAAUGAUUACAAAUCAUGCAGCAGUGCUUUUUGGGGUAACGCUGUCAUUCCACAAGUUUCUACAGUUUGCAAGUUUGCGCUUAUGUGACUUUAUUUUGAAUCAUAUAUAAAAACUGUACCUCAAAAUGUCCCACCCAAUUGCAAAUUAAAAACUCUGUCUUUGUGAUAUAAAAUGUAAUUAUUUUCUGGAAAAUCUUAAUUGAAAAGACUUUACAUUUUAAUGUAAAAUAAAGAUAUAUAAAACACAAUAAGGCCCUUGAGAAAUCCAAGUGUUAGUUGGUAUUUUAUAUCAACCAUCCUUUAAAAUUGGUUUUGCUCAGUUAUAGUGAUAGGAAAUAUAACAAAUCACUCGCCAACAUAGCAAAUUUAGGAUACAAGCAAAGCUUAAUUUGUCACAUGGGGACACACUAAAGAUGUAGGUCCAAGGGCAGUUGCAACAAGCAUGUAGCAGAACAAAAAAGCAGGGGAGGGGAAAGGAAGAACAAAGAAGGAGGAGAGCAAGUCCGCAGAUACUUGAGCAUUAUACCAACGCCUUGUAAUUGAGCCAGGGCCCUUACAUCAGAGCACACUUUUCGGAGCGAUUAUAGAGCGCAGCUAUCAUAAACUCAUAAUUCUUGUUUACACUGAACUACCUCUGCUAAAGCCUGGGCACCUAUUGCUGUUUACAAUAAAUUGGAAUGAGGGCCUUUGCAAGAUUUAAUAAGUACCUAGUGAUACUUUUUCAUAUUUGGAGAGGGAGACUAAUGUAUGAUGAGGCAGCUCUACUCUCAGGUGUAAACAGGUGAGGGCUCACUCUGGAUCAUUUUUUAGUAGGGAGAUAUCACCAGAUGUGCCGUAGAGAUCCAAUCCUCCCCACAGCACCACCAGUAGUGGCGUAUUUUUUGUUGUUCAUUACCACCUCGAGAUAAGCUUAAAGUUUGUCUCCUGGAUUUUAGAGUCUAGUGAAGACUUGUGGGAGAGAAGGAACGUUGUUUCCCGUUGCUUCUGCAAAAAAGAUUUCCCCAAAUCCUUCUCCCACUUAGCUGUAAACUGUAUGGGGGCAACCUAGUACCGGAUUUAUAAGGUGCUGAGACACAAUAGAUAUACCCCAAUCAGGGUGAUCCCCCAACAACCACAACUGGUUCCCUAUGCAGAUUAUGCAUUGGAGAUAUUGAAUUAUAAAAAUGCUAAAUGCUAAAAAUGCUACUAAUGAUACCUAAAUCAAUCAUAAGUGCGUUCUCUUCCAUUCAGUGACAUCUCUUCGGGAGAGAUGUCACUGAAAGCUUCCCCUGAGCAAAUGUUUCAGAGACUGGGGACUACACAGAACUCCCAACACUAUAGUAGUAGUGUGCGCAGCUCCCCAGGCACUCCAUGGUUAUUAACCAAAGGUAACAUGGAGUCCGGAGUAGUUGUAAGUCCUAAUUUGUCGCAAAGGAAAAAUGACAUGCUUUAAGAAUAGCCCCAAUAGAGGGGUGUGUUUAGAAAUCAAGUGGCCAAUGUUUAGCAUCAAGCUAUACCAUUGCUUUACAUAUGCCUCUAGACAAGUCCAAUUCCAGAUAGAGUCACGUAGGUUGUGGGCCGAUCAAUAAUUCUCACAAAAUGGGUGGCCUGAUAUUAAAGCUCAGGAUGGAAAUCCCACCCACCCCCCAAACUUUGAGGAGACACAAACAAACAGAGUGCAACCAGAUAGGGUCCUCCUUCCAUAUAAAUGAAUGAAACACAUCUCAAUUUUGGUGUGAGUAAAAAUGCAUCCCGGUUGAGAGCCACCACCGAUCCAUUAGGCUUGCACUAGGCUGGCAAGUGACUUUUAAGCAAGUCUAGUAAUGUAGGCCUUGGACUUUUGUGCCCUGUAUAUAAGUUUGUAUGUGUACAUUAAAUAGCAUAAUUUUCCAUAAAUAGAUGGAACUGUACUUAAACAUUUUUGCUUUUUUCUUCAAAAUUUUAAAUGUUUAUUAUAGUGCUCAUAAUGUUGGGAGAUCUUUUUCCUCCCACUCAGAAUCUGAUUUUUGUGCAUGACGGAUAGGUAUUUCCUAUGUGAUGAUCUAUCAUAUGCUUUAUAUUUAAACAGACAUAUACUUUUAGAUUGAAUUGAUGAAAUGGCUAUUACAAUACUGUCUAAAAUGUUUACCACCCCUACAUAUUUUCUUUUUCUUCUUUAGCCAAAUUUAUAUCCAACAGUUGGGCUGCAAACACCAGGGGAAGUUGUUGAUGCAAACUUUGGUCAGAGUCCUUUUGUAUUUGACAUAGAAGAUUAUAUACGGGAGUGGAGAACGAAAAUUCAAGCACAAAUUGAAAGGUUUCCUGUGGGAGGAGAAUGGCAGUCUGUAAUUCAGAGGUAUGUUUUUCACACAUUUUCUUUAUGUCUCAUUAGCAUUAUUUGUAAAGCACCAAUACUACAGUACUAUACAAUGAGCAAAUGCCACACACCAGUAAAUUCAACAAGGUGUGUUUGAAAACAGGAGCAAUGGGACCCUGUUUAAAGGGGAACUGUCACUUUCCAGGAUUUUAAAUGAACAGUUCAAACCUCUAAAGAACUCAAUUGCAAGAGAAUCAGCACUUUUAUAAAGUUGUUAAAUAGCACCCUCCCAUCUAUCCAUUGAGUAGUGGAGAGGAUACCCUUCCUGAUCACUUUGUGCACCAUCAGUGAUUGAUUCCUUUGCUUGUGCCCUACUUCUCUACGAGAAGCAUUGCAUUGUCUGGUAAACUAUCCGUAAUGAUUUAUGGGCAGGAUUUAUGGGAUUAGAGUUCACCAAUCCAACAGGUUGGAUGAAAGGAGGCCAAGGAGACUACAAACACGCCAGCGUUCUUAUUAACUGUACUUCUUUACAACGAUGGAAUGGUAUUUAAAUAUUAUGUUUAUGUUGUAUAUUUAAGGGACAAUCUAGACCACUAACUGUGAGGAGUGUGUCCUCUCUUUUUUUUCCUUUUGCAAAAAUUGCAGACUUUAUAUUAUUUAAAUAAUAAUUUAGAUAGAAAAUUAAACUUUUUUUGAAUUUACCUGGUUACACCUCCCCCCUGGCUUUCAAACAGACAACAGGUAAUGUUACUUCCUGGUUUGGUUUACUUCCUCAAGAGGCAGCAAUUGUACCUGCCUUGCAAACAGGUCUCAUUCAGCUGCCUUGGAAAGUCUGUGAUUGGACAGCCACAAAAAGUCUGGGUGAGUUUAGAAGGGGAGAGCUUGCAGAAAUCCAUGUUUUGCUAAAUGUUUUUUCAUAUAACCCCAACGAUAAAAUGCAUGCAUGUUUUCAUUGGGGGUUUGUGUACUAAGCAGUGAUUUUCAUUUAUUUUGUUUUUGGGGAUAGUGGAGUGACCCUUUAACAAAUGUUAAUUUUUUUGAAGUCCAAAAAUCAAAUGUAUAAAUCCACACUGCUGUAUUUACAUAUGUCUUGGAAGGAGUGCCUUUGUCUUGGCUCUCUGUCAAUCAUUGUUACAAGCUCUGCAAUUUUCUGUCAUUGAACAUAGUAUAUGAAGAUGGUUAUGCAAAGAAAUGUGUACCCUGGCUGCGCCAGUACUGAACUGGACUGUGAUACAUUUAAAAGAAAUUCACAUGGGGAAAAAUUUGUAUACAAGUUAUAGGUAAUUUUAAUGUUUUAUUCAAUUGUGUAAUUUCUAGAGUAGUGGCGGUUCCCAUGUAACAGAGUUUACAAUCACAAUAGAGGUAGGGUAAAAUUAGACAAAAUGAAUAAGUACAUUCUAUCCAGAGUAAAAAUGGUUUUCUAAGUGUAUUAAGAAUGUCUGUAAGCUUUAUAUGAUUAUGAACAGAGAAGGAAACUCUAUAGUAGUAAAGUCAAAUAAGUUAAUUGGUUAGUUAAUAUGCUUUUGCUAAAGAAGUGAGAUUUUAAUUUUGUUAAAGGACUGAAGAUUAGGGGAAAGUUUAGUUUGACCAUGAAGGGAAUUCCAUAAGCCUUACAGAAUUACUUACUAUAGAAGAAUUGCAGAACUGGGGAUACAGCUGAGAGGACUGGCAUAGUGGAGAGGCAUGCACGAGACCUUCUUUUAUAUUACUGAGGAUAUGUAGAUUGAGGUAUUGGAUUAGAAUUAGAAGAUGAAACCUGAACUUUAUAGGAACCUAGGGUAAGUACUGGCAUUUAAUAUGGGGAUAUGUGGUAAGACUUAUUGCCUUAUUUUAGUAAUCAUUUCAGUAAACUAGCCAGCAAACCCUGGAGCUGUUAUCCUGGGGGAGGGGGAGCAACUAUGAGAUAACCUUGAUCUCAGAUUACUAGCAGAACAUUUUCACUCUUCUCUGUAACUCCCUUUAAAGUGGCUUAGUUACUUCUCCAUAUCUCACAAAGACAUAAUCUUUAUAAAAUACUAAUGCUGACUGCAUUGGAAUUAAAUUGAAAUUCCAACACAAUCAAAAGAUACAGUAAGUCAAAAGAGAAACUACUUGUCCAAUCCCAGACGCUAUCAUAAGUGAUGGCUGUGGAAUUCAGGCAUUAUUUCACUUAUCUCGUGAUCGUCUCGGUCUAGCCAUAUCCUCUGUAGACCUCCGUGUUGUACUCUUGUGUACAGCACUGAUUCAACUCCUGGCUGAUGAAGCAGCAGGAGCCGAAGAGGGUCUGCAUGAUGAAGAUGCAUGUGGCCCUGUGCAACAGCUUCUAUUCGGUAAAUCUACCUUUCACAAUACCUCACAUCCACCAGAUGCUAACUUGAGAGGUCACCAGAAGGGACAGAUCUGCUCUAAGUAGGUUUACAAUGUCACCAUGUUUUCAGGAACAUAGAUCAUGUAUACAUAUUGAUGGGCAACAUAUGAAACCUUUUUCCCUGUAGUAUGUAAAAUUCAGAAGAAGCUGUAUACGAUUAAGUAAUUAGGCAAUGAAGAAUUCUGCAGAACAUGCGUUAUACAUACUGCAAGAUAACCCUUUUCAUGCAUUUUUCAUAAAUAUGACAAAAUUGUGUGUCUCUGAAAACAUGAUGGAUCUGGUAACCCUAGCUAUAGGUCAUUCUUCUUUUUUUGUCAUUAUUUAUUUUUUCUCUCUCAGAUGCGUAACUUCCUUCCAGUUGUUUUCCAAUAUGCAAAAAGUGAAACAAACAAUAUGCAUCAACUCUUUUCCACGAACCUGUUAUGUAAUAAUAUUGUGUACAAAAUCAGAUUUAACUUGCACAUAAUUUUCUCAGGAGCCUAACUUGAUGAUGAUGUCAGAGGAAUAUCAUUUGAAUUGCAUUGGUAAAUUAAAUAAGGGCAAAUAGUCCCAGUAGUCUGAAAUCUGUUUUUCUCUUCACUGAUCUAUUUUUAUAAUAUGGCAUACAGAAAAAUACGCUAUAUUUUAUUUGAUUUUUGAGGUUACAUUUGUUAUGAUCAUAUCAAUGCAAAUGCAGACAGUGGUUAAAUUGGAAAUGUGUCCAUUCAUUGGAACCGUGAGGCUAAUGCAGAACACUAAUACCUAAAAACAGAGGUGUCCGUGUGUAAAUGAUACAAUGGAAUGGCAGCACAAUCAAAAAACAGUAAAAGGCAUUUCUUUGGGCACGUAAACUUACCUAAGAAUUGGACUACAUAACGUUACCGCAUGUGUUGCAUUGGUCAGGACAAUAUGUUCCAUGCAACCUUUUUAUUAAAAUAAAUUUUCUCAGAAUAUGUUUAAUGGUUAAAAAAAAAAUACAAAAUGACAGUGAUGUCUGAGAAGAGAACACAUCACUAAAAGAACCUAUCAACUGUUUACAUUGUCCACUUUGUAUUUGGUUUUCUGGGUUAUUGAGUGUUCUAAUUUGUAUAUCUAGUAAUCAUUUGAGCAUUUUGCCCAAAUUAUUCAUGUCAAAUCAUCAUGAAUAUGCUGGUGGUGUGGAUUUCACCAUAAAAGUGAUCAUUGGUUUAGUUAUAAGAGUUCUAUUCUCUAUAUUUGUCCUAGAUGCAUGUUUUUUUUUGUUCAGUCUUGUCCUUGCUAAUUAACAAUGAUUUUUGACGCCUUACUUUCAGAACAUCUGCAGUAUUUCAUAGCAUUUGCUUCAGUACUUAUAACCUAGACUUUGACUUAAUGUAAUUUAUUUUUGCUACCGAAGAUCUUUUACUGGAGUAUCUGACUUCUCCAUUUCUUGACAACUCUCUCAGAGGCCUGUUCCCACUUUCGGCCUCCUACACUAGUUUCUUAUUGGACAGUUUGUAUUACUCUGUCUCAACUUCAGUCCCCUUGGUCUUUUACAUCAAUAUCAGCAUCUUAAUGAUUUUAAUGCAGAUUGUUUUACUUUUAGGACAUAGCAGACAGUUGUGCAGUCAAAAGAAUUUAAAUUAUUCAACAAAUUAACGUCAAAGUAAAGGUUGAAUUGAAGAUUAUGCUAGCUUUAGUGUACUAAUAAUCUUAAUUUUAGUAAUGACAGGAGGCGUUUCGUGUUCUCUGUUCAAUCAUCUGGAGCACUAGAAGGUUGUCUCUCACCCACUUUGGGUAAAGAGUUUGUGAUAGUGAUGUACAGGAUUAAGAUGCCUGAAGUGGUUGGCGACAUGGCCCCGCUGUAGACCAGACCUGUAGAACAUCCCCUAGGGAGGUUACCAUGUACCACCUUCCUUAUGGAGGUUUGGGUCUUGAUGAGGGAACCGGGAACAUAAACUUGUUUACCAAGGAAAGAGCGUGCCAUGUGCAUGGGAUCCCAAUGCUUUGGCGCCUAGAUCUGCCAACUAUCCGUCAAUACGGAGGAGUGCUGCUAUGCGCAUCUCAUAGGAAAGGCAAACAUUGGUGUUUCUGACGAAACAGAAACAUCUCUGAGCCCAUUCACGAAUAUUGUGAUCCCAUUCCUGGAUGGUGCUGGCAUUGUCAGGUAGUUUACCUUUGAGAGGGGGUCAAUAGAGUCCAGCAAUUUGUCUUGGGUGUCUCUGAAACCUCUCCUGACUCCCUUGCUGGGUCGCAGCCACCCAGAGCCAUGAAAGUCAUCAUCCGCUGAUCAAACACAGACAUCUGUGCCACUCUGCCUGGGAGGAAAGGGAAUGGGCAGUCCGACCACAAGCAGUUACGGACAUCGCUAUGCAGAGGCUUGCAAAGCCACAGGUGCAUAAAGUUGGCUAGGUGUUCGAGAGCGGACCAGGUCUCUCGAACAUGAGUGACGGAUGUUGUAGGUCACACAUCAAUUUGUGGAUUCCGAACCCCAGUCGUCGUCAGACCCUGAUGCCUUCUCGUGCCUUUGUUCCAUGAUGGACAGAUAAUGUUGCAAUCCUCAACCGAGGAGGGGUCUAAUUGUGGUAUCUAUUAACUAGCAGGGGGGACAUAGUGUGUCCCCUCCCCCCGACUCCAACCUGUGGCCCGCGGGUUGGGGCUAUAAAAGUGAAAGGGGGACAUAGAAUCCCCCAUAGCCCCCACCCAUCACCCAUGAGCUAUGGGGGUGUUGACCUUGUGUCCUUCACCCUUGAGCGGUGGGUGGGGGCCCUAUAUAACAAUAAGAGGGAGUACAUAUUGUCCUCCCCUGAGCGGCUGGUGGGGACCCUAAAUAACAAUAAGGGGAGUUGACAUAGUGUCCGGCCCCUACUCAUGAGAACACUGUGAUUGGUUGAUUGAAAGCAACCAAUCAGAGUGUUGCUAUGAGUCAAAUUACACAGCAUGGGAAAAUUCCAUAGAACUUUCCCACGCUGUGUAAAAUGACAGAGCACUCUGGUUGCUUGGAUUUCAAGCCAACUAAUCAGUGUUGUGACAGGUAAAUGUAGAGACUUACCUGUCAGUAUCUUCAUUUACCUAUCAGAGCACUCUGGUUGGAUUAAACCAACCUAUCAGAGCGCUCUGAGCCUAAUUGCAGGGCAUAGGAAGGCUUUAUAAGCCUUUCCCCGCCCUGCGGAGCUCAGUCUUCAUGGUGCCCUCGCUGGGUGAAGAUGGAUUACUUGUUUUUACUUUGCUGUAACAGCAUGUCUCCAUUCAGUAGCACACUGCAGUAAAAAUAUAGUAGGGGCUCACACCUUGAGUGUAGGCCACAGUCCUGACAGAGGGCACUAAUCCAUGCUCUAAGAGUUAAUACACGGUUAUGGGUGAAAUCCCUUAAAACAGCUUAUAUAAAUGGCCUAAUUCAACAUUAACAUGCAACCCCAGUAAGACCCAAAAGUCCCUCAAGCCCCAGAGAAGUGAGAGCAAGGAGGGGAGAGGGUAGAAACCAAGAAUCAGGUGAACCGCAAUAAAUUACAUAGAAAAAACACAGCUGUACAUAGUACAGAAGCACAGCAAGAACAAACAGCAAAGUAUAUAAAGAAAAAUACAGAAACAACCUCAAAAAUGGCAAUAAAGUAAUGGAGAAGAGUAAUACUCUGACCGGUCUGCUUGAUGGAGCAGCACACAAUGAGGAAAUGAUUAGGUCAUUAUACCUCAUGUUCAUCCUACUCUCUUGUAAUUGGUUCUUUUUUUCUAUGUGUUUCUUUGCUUCUGUGGAGCUAGUAAAGAGAGUUUAUGCAAAAUAUGAAGCCUCCUGUCAUGUUGUUAAAUUUACUUUUUUGCGUCAUAUAACCAGAGGUCCAUGAUAGACUUCAUAGUUGUAAAGGAAGCACUUUUCUGAGCAUGUUCUGUCCCUGACCAGAUAAAACCCACAGAUCUGAUGUUAAUAUCUUCAAACAUUUUUCCUAGUUGGUCUAUUUUUCUCCCUCCUGACGAUUCUCAUAAUACUGAGAAAGCCAAGCAGUGGUAGACUGGAUCAGGCAAUGGUUAAAAUACUUAUUCCAUUCUAGCCUAAAUGGUCACGGGUAUCCAAUCUUCAUAUGUCACUAGGAGAAUUCUGGAUACUGCUUUAGAUGGAUUGCUGCAGAAGUCAUUGACAUCAAGUGCCACAGAAAAGUCCAGACCGAAAGUUCAUCUCUCAGAUUGGACAGGAUUUUCAUUACUGUGCAGUAAGCGGAGGAUUAAUCCCAUAAAGCACAGAUCUUAAAAUAUCCUCAGAAAGCAUUCAAGCAAGGAUUAAUUUCAAAUACUGUAAUGGUAAGAGUUUUUCCAAUAUGAGCAGAUUUUUUUUUUUGUUUGUUUGUUUUCCAACAGCCAAAGUGAUUGGGAGAUGUAGGUUCUUGCUUAAAAUCCAUUCAUAGGAGGAUAUUUUUGAAUCAAGAAAUUGAAAUACCCUUUUAUUUUAAACCUCCUUUUAAUCUUAGCAAUUGCUUCACAUAUGUAUUUAAAACAUUAUCAAGCUGUUCUGAGCCAUGAAUCUUUCACCAUUUUCUCUGUUUUAUUUUAAUAAAAACAUUUUCCUCAUCUGACUCACGGAACUGCUCUGCUUGUUUUGUCUUUGUCCACACAGACAAUAUGUGCGUUACAUUCUCUAACAUAAAUUUAGAACAACAGGCCAGAACUUAUGGAACUUGUGGGUUAUAGUCAUUUUAAAUGUCAGAUAUACUGUGUCUGGGCAGAAAAGGUUUGAUAUUUUUGGUUCGUUAUCAGUCUUGUUCCAGAAGAAAAAUAAAUUACAGGAAUUCUCCAAACUCGCUGUAGUAAAAAUAAUGUAAGAAGCCGAUAUAACACACAGCUCGGUCGCAGAAUUUUCCUCCAGAGAUAUGGCAGUAACUGGAAUCACAGAACAUACCUGCAGUUGCUAUUUGGGAAUGUGCUGGUACAUAACAAGAGUAGAAUUUUGCUCUGGGGACGGAAAUUAUGUGUAUUCCUUUAAUAUAAAUUACGUUUUCCGAAGUAAAAACAGCAGUCUCUUUUCUUUCCACUAAUUUCUAUUCCCUAUUUAUUCUUAUUACUACACAAGGGACACCAAGUUGGUGCUUCUAUUGAAUAAUUUAUACCAUUCAUAUAAAAACAGUAGAUGGGCACUUUAUAGAUCAAGCAUUUUCAAUUUUACGAUUUGCAAUCUAAAUGCAAGUUGUUUAUGUUAUGUGUAUUUGUUUUAAUUUGUUUUUACUUUUGUACUUUUUCUAGUACUCUUGGAUAGUGAUAGGCACCAGGAUGAUAUCCUCUGCCGUUAUGAUAAUUAUCAUAUACUGUCACUACGAUGAUUUAUUGUUUGCAUUCUUUGUCUUGAUUAACUUAUUGUAUCCCAUCAUGCUGCCGAAUGUUAUAACAGUUUGAAAUACUUUUUUGACAUCACCAGUUAUUUAGCGCUCGUGUUUGCGCGUUUAAUAAAAUUGCGAAUUGAUACUUUUUUUUUUUUCUUUUUUUUUUCUCUGUGGUAAUGAUCAUUAGUAAAGUAAAGGAAGGCCCAGAUGUCAGGGUUGUGAAGGAUUUGCUUAAGUCUGGUUUAAAUGGGUUAAUAAACUGUCAUAAAACAUCAUGCCUUACUAAAAGCCCCUAUGAAAUCAUGAAAGUAAUAUUGGAAGUGUGAAGCCACAGCUGUAAAAUGUUUUCCCUAAUUGCUUUGGUCUCUUGUGCUAGCUUAAUUUAUUGCAUGAAGGUCUAUUCAUUUUAAUUUCCCAUCCCAUUAAUUUACUAAUGCAUAAUAAUAUUGGUUAAAAAUAAAAAGGCUUAAAAUGUUUGUCACUUUUUAUGUUUCUUCUGUAUUAGGAUGGUGUCUUCAUACUUGGUGCAUCACGGAUACUGUUCAACUGCCGAAGCCUUUGCCAAAUCUACCGACCAGACAGUGCAGGAAGAACUAGCUUCCAUAAAAAAUAGACAAAGUAAGAGAGGGGUGGUUUUGUAUUAUGUAUUGUAUUGCAUAGUUAUGUUUUUUUAUUUUAUUUGAAAAUUCUAUGACAUGUUCUACAUUAAUUGUGGCCUUAUUAUACAAUUAACAUCUCCAAAUGUUGGGUUUCAUUGUAAAAAUACAUUAGUUCUAAUGGGGUGCAAUACAAUGCUGACACCAUUAGUUUCUCAUUUGGUAUACAGAUGCAGUUCUGUAUCUGCUAUAAAUUGGCUAUUAUUGUGAUUUAAAGCUACUGCCUUAUCAGUUGUAGGAAUUACUGUGUUCCAUGUUUCUAUAAUCUUGCAUGUGUUAAAGGUUAUUCACUAAACUGAUAUUGUGGAGAAUUGUCAAGGGAGUCGAAAAUUUUAGGCCAAAAUAGGCAAUCUUCGAGAAUAACUGAGUUUUGCUCUGUUUUUGCACAUGUAAAACACACUUAUGUUUAUUUCCAUUACUAGGAUUUAUUUCCUUGCUAUAUAACAUAGUUUUCCCUGUCUGGAAUCAAAUUUCCUGAUUUCGACAUAGUAGCUGGAAUUCCAACCACUCUCCACAAAUCUUUCCAGUAUGAUACCUGAUGAAUGACGAAAAUAUCUUCAUCCACCCCUCCACCAUUUUUCUUAAAAACCCCUAUAUAGCAUUUUCUCAGUUUUCCAUUGCCAUACACAUUUGGGUACUCUGUAAUAUACCAUGGAAUGGUAAAAUGGUGUAUUUCUAGGAUCCGUACAAUUGAAAUAAGAGAAAGUAAUAUGAAAAUUAUAAAUCAUUCAACAUAAAUUUGCAAGUGGUAAUAUAACUUUAGAGGGACUCUCCAAUAUGGCACUGACCCAUUAUAAUGAUUGUCAGUUUGCUUCAGUUUCACAGCUUCUGCUGAGAUCAGUUCAUGACUUAGAAUUCUUAGCCAAUCCUAGUUUUUCCAUAGUUUGUCAUCUGCGCUGAAGCAUACAUUUCUUUAAAAGAUGUUGAAAUCUACUUUGCCGUGUGCACUACAAAAUUUUUCAUAGAGCUUCAGUGAUGUUUAGUGACUGUGGAGACAUUCAUCCCAGUGUUCUGAAAGCCACAUUUGGAUUUGUUUAGCAAUGUACAGCAGGACUCUAUUAUCCUGUAAGAACAUCAUUAAGAAAUAGAGCCUGUCCUGUAAGAUCAAAUAAAAUAAAAAAUUAACAAACAAAAUAGCUUCCCAUGCCAUCACAGAUCUCAUACCAGCUAGCCUCAUACAUAGAACCAAAGUGUUUCCUGAGAGAGGAAAAAACCAGGGUGUUUGAAGUAUGAAAGAUAACUCUUCAGAUUGUUUGUUUUUCCAUUGCCUACACAGAUUGUAAGUCUCUGUUUAUUUGCCUUGGACACGAUUGGUUUCCAAAUGGCAGUUUUGCCAAACAUCCCAACCCUUUGAAUUCUGUAACAUUCAGUUUUUGUUGAAGAGUUGCUAGUUCGUUAUUGUGUUUUUGAAGCUGUACUUUUGUUGAAUGUAGAAACAAUCAUAUGAAGUGUCUAUCUGUCCCUGUCAGAGAGCUUUGGACCUCUUCAUGUGCAGCAUGUGCUAAUAUUUUUGAGUAAGUCAUCCUUGACAGAGUACAUGAUUAAAGCAGCUCUGUUGCUGUCUGGGGUGACAUUGCCACUUGCAGUGCAGCGGUAGGUAAGUUUCUUUUUCCUGAAACCUCAUUACAUCCAGUGGUUCCUCUUCUGCUCCUGGUGCUUCAUCUGCCAGGAACCCAUGUAAGAGGUGUACUCUUACACAUGUGUGAUAGUACAAUUCUGAGGUCUAUGGAGGAUCCUGUGAAACCACGGGAGUCUCCAUAGACAAUACUUUUUCCCCACAGCUGUCCCUAGACAGUGGGGUGUAACAGAGCCACGUUAAACAUAUGCAAAUUUGAAACUGUUGGAUACAUCCUAUGGCUGUGAAAAUACACAUUUAAAGUGCAGAUUGUGCUAACUUUUUUGUAGCAGAUACAAAUUUCAUAUUGCCCAUUAACCUAUUAGGCCUAACCAUUACAGCUGAAUGUGUAAUUUAAUAGGGCAACUUCAAAGCUAAAGGAACACUAACAUGUCUUCUUUAGUUUAGAGUAUUUCCGUAAAUGUUUAGAUGUAGUGGAUCCCUGAAAAAAAGUAAAUGAAACAAUUUUUAAAAAAUUUCUAUCCCACAGUGUGCUGGUCCCACUGCAGUCGACACUUCUCCACUGGCUGAGAUAAUCAUUAUAGAUUUCCAUAGGGAAGCAUUGCACAGCUAAGUGCCCAUCAUCAUUUCCUCAUAGAGAUUCACUGAUCCAUUGCAUCUGUAUUGGGAAUGUUCAGUGUCUAAAUGCAGAUCAUAAAGACUGCGAAUAUUGGUCCUACAAAGAUUGCAGGACCGCACUAGGAAUAGCCUCUAGUUGCUGUCUGUGUGACAGUCACUAUGGGUGUCCAUAGAAAGCAAUGUAAACGUUAACCUUUUCUCAGAAAAGGCAUUUUUAAAGCUGUAGUGGUUCUGGUGCUUAGAGUAUCCCAUUAAAUUUCUUCUGCGUGUGAUGUUCCUUGUGUAUGCCUCUGUCUCCUGCAGAUUUUAUAUGAAGUUUUAGUAGAUGUAUUUUCAGUAUUCCAUUUCACUCCAACUGCAGCAUGACUCCAGUUGUCUUCAGUUUUAAAUCUGAAAUUAAUUAUAGGUUGUAAUGAAAGUUCAACAUGAACACUUUAUUAACAAGUGACUUUGUGUCUUGUACUGGUGGACAGGAAUUCAGAAAUUGGUGCUAGCUGGAAGAAUGGGAGAAGCGAUUGAAACAACACAACAGUUAUAUCCAAGUUUGCUAGAACGGAACCCUAAUCUUUUCUUCACAUUAAAGUGAGUCAUUUCUUAAUUUGCAUAAUAUAAUAAUUUCAUGUAUCAAAAAAAAAAUCCAAUUUUUUGCAUCUUAAAAUGUUUUAAAUGCUUACCUAUUUGUUUCUUUGCCAAGUAUAUCUGAAUUUGUGACGGUAAUAAAAAAAGGUUCACAGAGUCCGAAAGCAGGUAGCAUUACAUGGCCAACUUAACUUAAUUCACUAUUUUGAGAUGAAAAUUCAAUCCUAUGGAUUUAAAUAAGCAUUUGUUUUAAAAGCCAUAAAGUGCGUUUGAUUAUAAUGAUUACAAAAGUUUGACAUGCCAGUAUCUUGGUUAUUAAUAAGGUGCAGGCGUGGCGGUCUUCGUUAUAUAGAGAGCAAACUGAAUAUUGUUUUAGUGUAGUUCAUGACUGAUUAGAGAGGAUGUCUCUAAAAUCGUCGUUAAAUUGGUUUCCUUCGUGAAAUCUUGUAUUACACUUUUUACAUCAUUUGACUUGUUUGCUUUUUUUUGUGUGUGUUUUACAGUUGACCCACUGAGUUUACCUUUUGGUUUUCAGGGUGCGACAAUUUAUAGAAAUGGUAAAUGGUACAGACAGUGAAGUAAGAUGUCUGGGAGGACGGAGUCCCAAAUCUCAGGAUAGUUAUUCAGGUAAGCCUAGAAUAAACCUAGUUUGUACAGACUGUAAUUCAUCUGCAUUUUGUUCUAAUGUUGUGUAAUGUAUCUAGACCAUGUGAUUUCUUUUUGCAUUCUAUAUUCAUCCCCAUAGACAGGUAAAUUUGUUACAACUGUGGCCACAAAAAUAUACUUCUGAGGUAAAGGUUACUGCGGUAUCUAAAAAAUAUAUUUUUUAAAUGACUAUAUAUUGUCUUGCAAUCUCCUCAGACUGUAGCUCAAACCGUGUGUGAACAUCCAGAGGAAUACAGAUAAGAAUGAAGGCUGAGCCAACAUUGAUGUGUGCACCAGGAGUGCUACCCAAAUUUUUGAUGGACAUACAGUUUCAAGCAAACAUUUUUGGUUAGCCCAUAUUGCAUUGACAAAUGUGAUAACCCGAACAGUUUGCUUGAAACUGUAUGUCCUUCAAUAAUUUUUGUUACAGGAAAUUUUUAUUUAAAGCAACAUUUGCAAUGGUAGCCUGACUUGUCAAUCCAUAACAGACAUUAUGUUUGUUUCCCAUGCUCUGUCAUAAUUGAAUUAAUGAGAAAAUAAAAAAUGUGUUUUGUUUCAAUCUCCUAAAAAUAUCAUGACUAUCCAAUGGCAAUUGUAUUUUGUUUGGAACAAAUAAAUAAGUUAGUUUCUCACAUUAUAAGGUGCUGCUUUUAAAUUAAAAAUAUUAAGGAUAUAUAUAUAUAUAUAUAUAUAUAUAUAUUUUUUUUUAAUGUAUAAUUUUUAUUUGGGGGUGUAACAUCAUAAUAUCACACAGUAACAAACAUUUUGUUGUAGUCACAAGAGAGUAGGUACAGUAACAAGUUUUUGAAGGAUAAAUAACCAUUUAUAUAGGCAUUCAAACGGUACAUCAAGAUGUCGUUUGCACAUUGCUAAUAUAAGCUAUGCACUCUGUAACUGCUGUGGGAGGUGGUAGGGAGGUUUGAGCGCCCAAUAGGCGUAGGAAGUAAUGCGUGUGUGUUGGGAUGUUGUGGAAGAGGGCUUUCGGGUGUGCAUGGUAAGUGCCGGGGUGGAGCUCUAAAUCUUUAUUCUCUAGGCCCUCGGAGCAGCCAGGUGUUCGUCUGCCAGUGAGGAUCUACGCUGAUACACACGUUGUGGGAUUAAUUCCACUACCAGUCGUCUCAGGUUUUUAGUGCUUGCCAACGUAGCAAUGGCCCUUAAUUUUUUGAGGGGGGGGGGGCGUGUAGAACGAGGUGGGAGAAGACAGUAAACUAGGAAUGGGGGGGUUAAGAUGCUCUUUGUUGCACAUACCUCAGAAGUUAGUUUUCAUCACCCGGGUAUCAUCACAAUCCUACCAUUUGGACCAGGUGCGUCCUAGUGCAGUAGGGUACCGCUGAUCGUGUGUGACAUUUUCUCAUAUUGUUAAGUAAGGCUCAGUUUGGCGAGCACCGACUUUGUCUGGUGCCAGAGUGGAUUUCCAUAAGUCAGCUAUGCAUUGCUUUGCAGCUAGUGUGAUGUGGGUGAUUUAAUGAUGCUUCGUGAGCCGUAAUACCUUGUGGUAGCAUAUGGAGCAGGUAAUGUUCAGGAGUAGGUGACCGGGUUUUCCCUACUUUGGAUUUUAUCAGGUCUUGGAUUCGUUGCCAGUAUUGGCUGAGUGCAGGGCAGUACCAGAAUAUGUGGCUUAAAGUGCCUUCCUGUUGGCUGCAUCGCCAGCACUUCGCCUGAGUACCCGGAUAUAUUUGGGCCAACCUUUGGGGCAUAUAGUACCACCUUAGCCACAUCUUGUAGGCUGCUUCCACAUGGUCUAGACAGUGUGUAGCCCUUAUUACUAGUGUCAUGGCCCCACCCACCUGUGCGGCUCAAUCGUACAAUUCAGCUCCCUUUCCCAUUGUAACAUAUAAGAUUGUUUUGUCGGUCUGUCUAUGUCUAGUAGGUGGUGAUAACACAGGUAGAGCGUUUUUUGGCGGUUUUUUGGGGCCCAGGCAUAACAUAUCAAAUUUAUAGUGGGGUUGUUAUUUUUUUUUUUAACGUCUCCUACUAUAUGCUUUAUACCGGGGGUAUGUGAAUUUUUCGCUGUUAGGGAGAAGGUAUUUCCUCUGGAGGUCAGGGAAUGGUAACAGCCCCUCAAUUCCCAGGAGAUGUGAUAUUCUGGUCACCCCUUUUUCUAUCCAUCACUGCAGGGGGAGGUCGUGAGUGUGGCACUGGAGACUAGUCAGUGGGGCGAGGGCCUCUAUGUUCCCACUGAACAUUUUUGGGGCCCAUCUUAGCCACAGCUGGAGUGACCAUAUUGUCGUCGUGAGGGCUUUGGAAUGACGAGGUUGGGCCUUGGCGGGGAUCCAUAGCAGAUCACCGAGGGAAUGUGGUGCGCUGAGCUCACUCUCCAGGUUAUACCACAUUGGGUAGUCUAAGGAGGUCAGGAGACGUGCGGUUUGGGAAAGAUUUGUCGCUAGAUAGUAUUUGGUUAUGUGGGGUACUCCUACGCCACCCCUCCCAUAAUCAUGCUGAUUGCUAGAGAUACCCUGGGUGUUUUUGUUUCCAGAUGUGCGCAUUAAAGAGGCUCUGGAAUGCCCGGUACUUAGGAAGGCUAAUCGGUAUGGCUCUGAAAAGGAAUAGAAUCUGUGGGAGGAUGACAAUUUUAAUGGCAUUAAUACGCCCUAGCCAGGAUGUAUUUUUAUUGCCCCAGCUCUCCAACAGCCGCUCUGUGUCCACCAUUAGUUUCCCAUGGUUGUGCUUUAUGAGCUUGUGUUUUGAGGGCGGUAAUUGUGUGCCUAAGUAGGAAAGGGUGUCCUUCCUCCAUUCGAAGAGGUAAAGUGUUUUUAGAGACUUGAGUUGGGAUCUGGGCAGGUUUAUGGGCAGCACCUGGGAAGGUUAUAUUUUUAGCGCCGUUUUUACUUUUUUUUUCUUUCACAUAUAUUCUACAAAAAAAAUAAGUGAUUCUAGUAGUUUGCAUCCUCUUGCUCUUUUACCUAUUAAAGAAAAACUGUUAAGUCCCAUGGAGUGCUCACCCACUUAGUGAUCCUUUUGGAAGUAUUGCAUAACUGACCAAAGAUCAUACUAGUUUGUUUGGCGAUAACUGCUGAUGUUAUCACAACAUGAAUGCGCUGCUAAGCAAAGCAAUGUGAUCUUCAGUCAGUGUGUAUUCCUGACUGAGGCUCGUUUAAAUGCCAGAGGACCUGAUCGUUUUCCUUUAUAUUCUCUAAAAUAACCAGAGUACACAAACUAAUAACUGAAGGGCAAUGUCUACUAAAGAGUUACUCCAACCUCCAUGAUUACUUCUACUUUUAAAAGUCAUGGAAGAAGGAAUUUGCACGUGUAGUAUUUCUGUUUGAAACGUUGAACAUAUUUUCAGUUUUGUGUUGGGGGCUAGUCACAGGUGAUUUUGACAGCACGACACUCUGUUCUGGGCUGCCUCGUGCAAUUCUGUACAAAUAGUAUGUCUUUAGCCAGUGUGCAGUUCGCACAUGUGACCGAUAUAAUGAAUCUCCCUUCCCUCUCUCAUUUGAGCCUUCUGCACCACAUAUAUAUCUUAUGUUUCGUCUAUUUAUUUGUUUUGUUUUUAUAUUCCCUCCCUCCCUCGUCCUCCAUCUGUCCCCACCCCAUUCACCUCACGGCUCAGAGUGCGUGCAUCCAAUCAAAGGUUUCUCUAUGAAGCUUUUGAUUGGAUCACGGAGAGAGAAGCAAUGAUGUCGGACAGGGUGUGGAAGCCAGUGAGGGAAGCUUCGCCCAGUGCUGGAUUCCAGGUAAGUUAAAACUUGUGGGGGGGUCGCUAAUUACUAAUGCCCAAUAAGACAGUCUUAAUUUUGGAGUAACCCUUUAGGUGAUAUAUAUACCCUUGUGUCAAUAACAAUACAGGUGUUUAUAAUCCAUUUAGGGUUUAAUUUAUCAAACAAUUAAUUGAAAACCAAUUUACAAAAUGUGGGUCGAAAUAGCUGUUCCAGCUUGGCUAUUUUUAGCCUGAAUUUUGUAAUCUCUUUGAAUGCAUUGUUUGCAGGACCCCCUAUGUUUUAGCACUAAUGCCCUUCUUUGGUAUACACGCACAGCAGUAUACUCUGUAAGUUACAUUGAUUGUACUAUUUUUGCAUGUUUUGUACACUGUACUGUAUUACAGACUGGGACCAUAUUUAUCACAUGAAUUUUACUUUUUACAAUAUGGUGUAUUGACUUACAUUAAAGGGACACUAUAGUCACCAGAACAACUACAGCUUAUAUCAGUCCCUGCAAGCAUUUUAAUGUAAACAUUGACUUUUAAGAGAAAAGGCACAUUACAGCCUAGAGAUACUUCCACUGGCCACUCCUCAGAUGGCCACUAGAGGUGCUUCCUGGGUUAGUGCUGACGUUCUGUGUCUCCACCCUCUGUAUGGAGACAUUGAACUUUUCCCAUAUAGAUUCAUUGAUUCAAUGCAUCUCAAUGAGGAGGUGCUAAUUGGCCAGGGCAAUCACCCCAGCCGACUUCCUUAGAUGAGAUCAUCAAUUAUGGUGAUGUCAGCCAAGUAGACAGAUCUGGAGCCCCACGCGGCACUGGAAAAACAGUGAGUAAAUCAUCUUUUUAACCUAAGGUAAGGGGGCUGACCACCUAAAUGGUGGUUUUAGAACUAUAGUGUCAGGAAUACACGUUUGUGCUCCUGAAACUACGGUGCCCAUUUAAGUAUAUGCUAUUUUUUAUAGAUUGUAUUGAAAUAAAUGUCCUUCUCUAGCCAUUUGGAAUGUUAGAAACAGGAAAUAGGUGGCAUUGAUUAGCAGGGCAUUUAAUAUUUUGUAUUCAGUUAGUCUGUAGCAGACAUCCCUGGUGAAUUAUGUUUUCCGAGGACUUACAAAGCUUUAUUUUUUUCUUUCUCAGUUCCUGAUGGCAAUUGCAGUAAUGGCUUGAUAUCAAAUAAAGCUCAUCAGUCCAACUGUCGUAUUAAGCACCAGCCUUCUAGCCUUAAUGUAACUGAGCUGAACAGCAUAAACAUGACCAUAUCACAGCAGAUUAACAGCUAUACCAGGUAAGAAAACCUUACUGUUAGUCAAGUAUCUGAUAAUGAAGGCUGCCUAGAGUGACUUUUUGUGCGUGUGUGCUAGUCUGGCAGAGCUGCAUUGCUUUAUCACAGGACCCAGCUGCAUCUGCUACAUUGCUGACUCACUCAGUCUAUUUCUGCUACUAAGGCUUAUAAUACCAUGAUUACUUGUACAGGAAGAGACAGGAGAAGCUUUCACCUCUCCCUGCAAUGUGCAGCCACCUUUAUUGAUAGAUAAUACACAAUAUCAUCAUUUACAAAAAUUUUGUUAAUAUUGUAUAUAGUCAUUAGCCUUUGAGUUCUUACCUUAUCAUUAUUUUAUUCUACAAGUAUAAACGGUGCAGGGCUUACUUUAAGCUGCAGCCCCAGUAGCAAAAGGGUAUGUGGGGACUCAAUGGUUUAUAUAUCUUGUAUGUAUUUGAUCCUUACACUUAUUUCUGAAUGGCACAGUCUAGCACAGUUCCUAGUUUAUCUAAUCUUAUGCCUACAUACCUAGUCAAACCUAACUGCAGUUCUAAUAUACAUUUGACUUGUAUACCUAAGACUGUUAGGACAGGCCUGCUUUGUAUCUAAUAACUAGGCAUACCAGAAUAGCCAGCAACUCCAGCUUAAUCUACUUCCUACUAAUGUGUUCUCAGACAGUUUACCUAUCUUGAUAUCUCUAACCUAUUGUAAAAUUGUGCAGAACCAUCAAAAAUGCCAUAUAACGCAACAUUCUUGAAUGUACAUCUCAUUAAGCAACGUGGUAUUUUUUGUGUUAUUCAACGCUCUUGUACGAGCUAUUGUGGCAGUGCGAGACUCUUCGUUAAUUUGCGCACAUCCAAAAAUAAAGAUUUACAAAAAAAUAAUAAUGUAUAUAGUCAUAUGCAAUAUCCUUCAAUCAUAAAGAAUAAUUUUACAGACUAAUUAUUCAUCGGUGAAACUCUUUUUAUAGAAAUGUGACAGUUCAAUAGCAAUAGAUCUUUGCAGCCCAGCAUGUAUUAUGCACCAGCAUUUCUUUCAAUGUAAUAUUAAUAACCCAACUUCAUUAUGUGGUAUUUGGAGUAAUUGUCUAAUUAUAUAUAUAAUAUACAUAUAUUGUAACUCUACAUUUUCAAGUUCUACACUACAAGUCAGGCCUUACUUGGCAGUGCUGAAUUUUCACUCGCCUAUGGCUAAUGGGCAUUUUGAGCCUAGAUAUAUGUUACAUUCAAAAAAUAAACCUAAACCUAACAUAUUUGAAAUAUUGAAUUUCCCUUAAUAUAUUUUGCAAUUGAAUACACUGUCAAUUAUAUCGUUUUUCCAGACAUACCUACAAACACAAGCAUACAGUAUCUUAGCAGUGGAAGUUGUAGAAAAGUGUUAGGAUUUACUUGUCUUCACAAAUCCUCCUGAUUGAUUGUGCCCAUCUGCAUUGUAAAUAAUAGUUUAAAAUUCUCAAAAGGCUAAAUAAUGCUCCUCAUGUGACAUUUCUUCAUAAACAAGUAAUUUAUUAAAUUGUAUGUAAUGACUGUUUGUAAGGUGGAGCUUUUAAUAAAAUGACUAACCAAAUUAUUUCUUUACUCUGCAGUGAUGUAGACAUGGAGACCGACCAUUUUUCGAAUGGUUUUACAGCAACCUCAUCCAACGGCUUUCUAAACGGCAGCUCAAAGAACGAACAUCCUUUGGAAUGUGACACUGAAAUGGGUUUGCAAUUACCUUUUUAUCAAUAGAAAAUGUAGCAAAUAAUGUAAAGAUGGGAACAAAAGUCACUUUCUGUAGACUAUUGAUUGUAAGAAAGUGACAGUGAUGCUUAAAUAUGUUUGAAGUGUUCAAAUGUAUGUACACAAAAUGUCUAUACAUAUAAAACAAUAUCAGAAAAAUGCCAAUUGAAAAAAUAAUGCAGAUAAAUAGUCAUGCAUAGAUACAUUAAGCUAUGGAAGCCAACCAUUAUUUUUAUUUUUUUUCAGUCAUUUCAUUUCUGUUGGUAACAUUUGCAUUGUGGUUACAGAAGUUGACACGUCCCAAGUCAGACGGCAGCUGUGUGGAGGGAGCCAGGCUGCAGUUGAACGAAUGAUCUGUUUUGGGAGAGAGCUACAGGCUAUGAGUGAGCAACUAAGAAGAGAACGUGGGAAAAACUCUACAAAUAAAAACAUGCUAAAGGUACAUUAUACAUUAUACACUGCCAUUACAUCCUGUGUCUGACUAUCUUAGAACUGCUUUGCCAGCACUGAGAUGGUGCAGAACGUUCAACAUUUACCCGUGACACCCCCUCUACCCUGCCAGUAAAGUUGCAUAAUUUUCAAUAUCAAAAAAUGGUUUAAAUGUUUUAUAUUUACUUGUCAUUGUGCACUUGUCAAUAUGUCUUCUAUAAAUGAGCAUGUGGGUAUCUGGCCUAGACCAUCUGGGCAUCUUUUACAUAAUUAGUUCCCUUUCAAGUCCCUUCUUAACAUUUUGAUCUAAAAAAAAAUCUAAAAUUAUAAUGCCCCAUAUAUAGAAUAUAUUCCCAUACCAGGUUUAAUAUUGCUGUGGAAAAUAGCUACAUAAAUGAAUGAAUGGAAAAGUUAUUUGUUUUUCAUUUUUGAAAUGGUUUUAUUUGUGUACAUCUAUACCUGUAUUAAAAUAGCUUCAUCAAGAUAGAUCUAGAUAAAUGAAAUCGCUCUCUGGUUGUUUUUUCUUUUAUUUUUUUUUAUUUUUCAUGUUUAAUAUUUUACUUUUAUUGUUAUAAAAAAAACAAGACUUGAUACAUUACAUUAAACAUAAACACAUUAAAUAUUAUAUUAUUCAGAUUUUAUUAAUAUCCCUAACAUGGAUCUCUAGUUAUAUAUAUUAAUACAGUGUCUAGUUCUGAUUCAUAUAGGGAGAAAACAGUUUAUUUUUCUAUUCAUAAUAUAAUAUAACACACGAAAAGACACCUAACAAUAUUUCCAGCAAAGAGAGUAGGGGAGCCGGGAUAAGUUUCUAAUAUCCUUCUAAAUUCUUUUAGACAAUAAAAUACCUUUAAAUCAAUGUAAGCAAUGUCAUGUUGCUUCAUUCCUAUCUUACAGAAUAUAUUUGAUACAAGCUUUAAAGUUGCUGUAUCAUACCGAUCUCCAUUUUUAUCUGGUAAAUCACUUGUACUUUAACUUCCUCCCAUACUGGAACUUUAAUAGAUUUCCAGUUUCUGGCAAUUAGUAUUUUAGCUGCUAGCAAAAUAUGUAUUACCAAUGUAGCAUAUUGGCUAAAAUUCUGAAUUAUAUACAGUUGCAACAAAAAAAUAUCUGGCUUUAUAUCAAACUUAAUAUUAGUCAGUGCUUUAAUGCUAUCAUUAUCCAAUACAAAUUAAUUGAUCCACACUCCCACCAAAUAUGCAUCAUUCCUGCCUUUUGAACCCCACAGCGCCAACAUUUAUUUGAGGCAUCUAUGUACAUUUUAGCUAGCCUAUUUGGUGUUAAAUACCACCUAUUCAUAAUUUUGUACUGAAGUUCCACUAGGUUAAGACAAUGUACGUUCUUGGUGAGCAGAUUUAACACCCUUUUCCAUUCUUCAUAGUUUGUUAUUACUGAGAUCUUUUUCCCAUUUAUUUAUUACAAAUAAUAUUUUCUGGAUCUUUUUCAAUUAAAUUAAAGCAUUUUGAAACCAGUUUUUUUUUAGUAUUUUGGUUUUUUAAUAAUUGUUCGAAUAGUAAUUGUUUACAAGAGUAGUCUUUGGAAUUUUCCCACGCUGUGUAAAAUGACACAAAGCACUGUGAUUGGAUGGAUUUCAAGCCAUCCAAUCACAGUGCUCUGUGUCAUUUUACACAGCGUGGGAAAGUUCUUUGGAAUUUUAGUAUUAGUAAAUGUGGCUGAAAGACCAAUUUAGGUCUUUCAGCCUUUUAGUAGAUAACUCCCUGAAACCGUGGGAAUUAGGGAGUUAUCUACUAAGCGGCUGCAAGAUGCAGCCACAGCAAGAAUAGGAUCGGAGUUUCAUUCAUUCGAAUGAAAUUCCGAUCUGAAUAAAAUGCCGAAUUGCGUUCUAAAAGAAACGAACAUACUGUUCUCAUUCAGUUAGAACGCAAUUCGUCAGUUGUGUGUAAAAUGACAGGAAGCAUCGCGGGAACACAGAGGAAAGGUAAGGAUCAUGGGAAAAUUGCUCUGACUACCGGAAAUGAAGCACACUUUGCUCCUCCACUGGUCAGACCUGGUCAAGCAGAGGAAUCCUCCAUAAGGCAAAGAGUCCCUACUUUGUCUUAUGAUUUUAAAGAAAACUAAAGACGACAGGAAGAAAAGAAGAACAGAUCCUGAGAGAGGGGGAGAAGAGGAAGAGAUUGAGGAAAGGUAAGUUCGGCAUGACAAUGCUGCUUUAAAUCGUCGUCCAGCCCUCCUGGUGUCACUUCUUCUGGAUUCCUCUUAUUCUGAUAUUAUUUCUCCUUGCUCUAUCUUCAUUAUCGGUAAUCCUGACUUCCAAUAACGCAAUUUUCUUUUCCAUCUGUAAGAUCUUUUCUUCCUGUAGCCCUUGUUGUACUUUUGAAUGCUCAAUUUGAUCUUCGAUUGAAUUAACUUUUGCCGUUAUUUUGGAUAUCUCCAAUUUAAAGUCAUCCAUCAUUAGGUGUAUCUUUCUUUAUAUUUUCUAAUUGCUUUUGUAAACAUGCAUUCAGAUGUUCUUUACCAAUCAAACAUGGAUCCUUUUGUGAGCAAUCCAUGUUGUCUUGCUCAGGAUUCCUUUGAGUCGCAGGCUGGAUUGUAUCCUUCUUAUAAGAGUCUAUUUCAUUUAGACUAAUUCUCCUCUCCAUAUUAUCUUUAUCUUGAGGUGAAAAAUAAUUUGAUAGUCUUUUUUCAAUUCUUUGAUCUGUCUUUUUCUCUCUUUUAUUUCCCAGCUUGGGUUCACUUUUUUUGUUUGCCAUUAUUGCUCACUCAUACGGCAAUAAAAAACGGAAUGAGAAGAAACACACAAAUUUUUUUAUAUAUAUAUAUAUAUAUAUAUAUAUAUAUAUAAUUCUCCUUCUCUUGUGCUUAAUUUUUGGGUCCAUACAGUCUGUUUCGACUUCCAGGCAUAUACCCACCAUACUCAGCUUGUAUACAUAAUCAGCGUAUAAACAUUAGAGAGUGUAAAUAAUCCAGAUAGCAUCAAGGUAUAUGGUAGCUUAAAUUUAAAUAGUUUUCCUCUUGACCCCUCCUUGAAAUUGCAUGCGGUAGGAGAUUGCUCAAUUUACUCCAAAUACCAACAGGUUUUCAAACGUCGAGAGCAUAUGUGGAUUGUAUAUUUAUAUACACCACACCUUUACAUCUCCUCCAAUAAAAUCUUUCAUCCCUCUUUAUAUCAGCAUAAACUUAUCGACAGCCAGAUACAUAUAAAUUAUCUAUAUAUAUAUAUAUAUAUACAGUGCAAAAUACUUGUCUUUUGUACUUGCGUUCCGCUGUGUUUGCAAUCCUUUGUGCUGUCGCUUUCAGUUUGCUGUUCCUACAUAGAGUAUUGAAUUCAUUUUAUGCUCGGUUUUUCCUGCAUUUCUCGACUUAGCCAGCCGCAAAAGCCUCCCGUACUAUCGGAUCACUAUUUGUUUGUCUGCCGCCAUGGUCUCCCAGCUCCGGGUAUCUUGCGGCUUUUGUCCUUACUCCCUUGUUUCCUUCCCUUCACCAUCCGCGGGACGUGACCCGCGUGCGUCGUCACGUCAUCGCUCCGCCCUCUGCUCUGUGGUUGUUUUCUACAAGGCAGUACAUUGUUUGAAUCUUAAAAGGUACAAUAUAAACUUGCAAACUGUUUGUAUAGGGUCCCAUCAAUCCUUAACAAAAUAUACGCAACUGUCUCACAUAAUUGGUGGAGAUGUGGUUUGGUGAAGGGAGAUUUUUUUGCAUAUUUGGUUGAUGUGUUUAAAUAUAAAAUUAGUGUGGAUAGAUGUAUCUCAAAGGUUAAUUAACUGGUUUGAACCCAAUUGGGAAUCAAACCUCGAAAGGGCUCUCCUUCAUUUAAACCUUCCUAAACAAAAAAAGAUGUAAUGGAAGAUAAUCUUUCAUAUUUUGACAGCUGUCAAAUUGCUCACUGCAAGGAAUUGAAAUCCCCCAAGGUGCCACUAUGGCCUGAGAUUAAAGCACGGAUUACUACCCAAUGCGCUAUGGAAGGUCAAACAAACUAGAAUAAAAAUUAAUAUACUUCUUGGAGAGACUGGUUAAACAUCUUUGAGAAAGAUGAAUUUUAGAAUAGUUCCUGACAAAAAAUAUUAAAAGACGGUAGAUGUAUCUUUAUAUAAUAUAUAUUUUUCUUUUCUGGGCACCAUGAAGCAGGGAGUGUAGAGUGUAGAAAAGAUUGGGCUAAGACCCUGUACAAAAUAAAGAAGUUUCCCUGCACCUUCUUGUGCUACGUCUGCUUUUAAGUGUUUGUUUCUUUGUUUUUUUUAUAUCAGUAUUGGGAAAAAUGGAUAUGAACAUGUAUAUGUCUCUUAAAAUAUGUACGUACAAUAUUGUAAACGGUUUAUAUUUGAUAUUUCUAUAAUAUAAUAUUUUUAAUUUUUUUUUAAUCUUCUUUAUUUUUGUUGUGUCAAAUGGGUUACAAACAGGCCUGCAGUUUCACGACAGCAGUCUCGGGCAAUUCAAAGCAUUGAGCAUCAUGACAUAAGAUUGAACUGCACAUUUUAAAAUAAGUAAACAGGUUAAUUCACUUCAUGCCAGAAUAUGAGUAGGCGAGAGUAAUUCUAUAAGGUUAUGAAGGCUGGCAUUUUUGGUCAACAUAGAAUAAUAAUAAUAGCAUGCCUCGAAGUUAUAACUAGCGUGUAAUAGACUAAUACAGGCGUGGUGCAUGCUAGCUAAGUAUGAGUAGUGGUUAGGCCACAAUAUGUGAAACUGCUGGUCAAGGUUAUACUUUGUCAAUGACAACUGGCUAAAACAACAUGCUAUUAUGCCACUGGUUAGAAGCUAAAACGCCUGUCUAACAUAAAUAAAAUAUGAGAAACUAGUACCACUGUGUAAGGCAAUAAUGGAGACAGCUUGAGUCCCAGUAACUGCUAAAUUGCGGUAUCUGAGCUUCUGGUUCAGCCUAUGCCCGACAGAUAAUGUCCCAUGAAGAGUGUUCACUUAGCUUCUUCCCACCAACUCCAGGCCGGAGCACGGUCCCAUCUAGCCGCCUCACACAUCUCUCAACGAGCCACAUACCGGACCUGAGUCUGGAGUCUGCAUCCAGGCGUGUUCAUAUCACGAUUGGCGAGUGCCCCCCACAGGUGUGAGCGAGUUGUGUGCUCACCGGAGGUCCAGAAGUUCGGCAGCGAUGAUCUUUACGAGGCACCCGCUGCCUGUUCCGCCUGCGGUUGUCGCCCUUUGCGUCUCGGCUAAGUAUUGCCUCGCUGCGGGUAGAUGUGGAGCGUGGUAGUUGUGGGGGGGGGGGUGUAUGGGAGCAUGUGGCUCUCCGGACCCAGAAGUCGCUGCACACUUUGUCAAAGCUUUGUUCGAAGUGCUGUAACCAUUCCCGGCUCUCUGGGCUGGCUGUCUGCGGUGAGGGCCUUGGUGCAGUGGCCAUUUUAGGUUAGCCACGCGGGCUUUAGGUACAGUGGAUAUCAGACUGUUCGUUAGUGUGUCCAGUGGGGACCGGGAUAACCCCCACCGGUCUAAAGGGGGGUGUUAGCGGGGCUUAAUUAGCUGCACUUCAGAAUGCUUGGUCCCAGGUGGGAGAUAGUCCGCCUCCUCCAGCCGUCGGGUCCACAGUCUCGGAAGGCCGCAGGGCCAGAUAGCAGAUUCAAAGUGGCAAAAUCCCAAGUUAUGGGGUUCCUCUCUGUCCCCGUCGGUAGAGGUGCCUUUUGUGCUGGUCUUGGGGUAUUCUGCUGCUAUUCUGUUCGAUUUAGGUAAGUGUAAGAGUUAUGCUGGCAGGAGCUCCAAGAAAACACGUCUAAUAAAAAGCAGUCCUAAUAUUGAACAUUUGAUAACAUUAAUUUGAACUAUUAUUUAACAUUUCAGUACUAAUGAUGUAUCUCCAGAUUGGUUAACUGCUACUAUUUUAAUCUAUGUAGAAAGGAGUCUGUCGUAAGUUGACACAAAAUAUGUAAGGAAGGCUGCACAAUGUAUAGGCAGUCAGAAUACUAAGGGAUAUACUCAAAUAACUUUUUUUUUAUAAUCUGUAAUUGUUACUGUUUGUUUUCUAUCUUUAACAGGAUGCAUUUAGUUUACUUGCAUAUUCUGAUCCUUGGAAUAGCCCAGUUGGCUACCAGCUUGAUCCAAUACAGAGAGAGCAUGUUUGCUCAUCUCUUAACAGUGCAAUUCUAGGUAAGUUGCAAUUUGGUAACGUUUAGAGUCUUUCACCUGCACACAAACGUUUGGAAACAUUUAUUUUUUUUAGCAGAGGCAACGAGAUUGUCUCUGAAGUGCAGUUGAGGCACAAAACACAUUAGUGUUAUUAUGGUGGUAUCUCUCCCCCUACUGCUGGCCCCAGCCACAAUUUCAACUGUGAUGCAAUAAAGGUUAACAUUUAAUGAACAUUUGCACUGCUUGAGCUUUUUUUUUUGUCACAAUGGUUUUUGGCUGAAUUUCAUAUGUAUGCUUUCUUAUCUUUGGGCUUAGAACCCGUUCUAGCCCUUGUGCAAUCAUUCCCAUCUGUGAUAUGCAGAUAACUCCCAACAACCUUUAAACUUCCAAAAAUUACCUUUAUGCUGUCUGUAUGGUAUUACAGCCUCUUUCCCGCACAGCAGUAAAUGCUAUUGUACUGUUUUCUGGGCUGCAGAGUGCCCCAAUAUAUAAUCAAGAACAUCUAGAGAGAAAGUAAUUUCAGUAGUUGAAUUUCAUGAUCACUCAGUUUGAAAAAUCUCACAAUUUCCAUAGUUUAUGCUUCAUAAAAAAUCAUGUUUUGAGACUGUGAAUGGCCUUUUUUAGCCUCCAUUAUAGGAAAUGUAUCCUUUAUUACAUUUUUUUAAUCUUCUGUACCAAAAUAUAUUUCAGACACACAUCCAUUUCUAAAUAUAUGUCCUACAAAAAAUGUUUACAAAAUACUAGCAGAGUAUGAUAUAAACUACUGUAAUCCACUGUAUGGCUGUACAUGGAUAUUGCAUACUAUUUAGAAGCCUAAGUUAUUCAGCCAAAGUGAUUAAUCAAAGGAACAAUCUAAACACCAUAACUUCUGCAUCUCACUACAGUGGUAAUGGUGAUAAAGAUCUGUGUAUCUUACAUUUUCUACACACAGUGUACACAUAUUCUCUGUACUUAAUGUGCAGAGUGCCCAUUUUAAUUUAUACAGUAGAACAUGUGGACUUUUACAUAAGAUAAAGCAUCGUACAAAAAGCCAAAACUGAUUUUAAACCACAGAAACAAACCCCCACAUUUACAUAUUUUAAGAGCACAGAACUGUUAUCAGUUUCCCAACUAUUAAAUAAUGCUGUUUUGAAGUAAUUUACUAGAAAUUAAAAUGUAAGUUGCUACCUAAUAUAUUUUAAUAUUGUCAUGGUAAAAUAAUGUGUUUUGUUUUAUCCCAUAGACAUACACAACCUGCCAAAGCAGCCACCUCUCUCGCUGGCGUUAGAACAGGCCGCCCAAUGCUUAGAGGUGAUGGCGCAGUCCGGCAUUGCUUCCUGUGCGUUUGCCAGAGUCGGCGAUUACUUACACUAGCUAUGCAGUACAAGACUUGAGUGUUAAUACAACAUUGAUUGCGAAUGGGAAUACUAGAUCUGCUCUAAUUCUUUGAAAUUCUGUUUGUUCCAACCCUGUCUGCCAUGGUGGAUUGUAAGCUGUUGCUUUGCUGUGCAUCACACCACCAUCUGGCAGUAAUAAGGUUAAUUAUUACUUUUGUAACUAGCAUGUCUUUAUUGUUGACUUUCAUUUUGCUUUAAGGUUUUGUUUAUUUGGUAAGAGGAUAUUUGUUCUGUAAUCUGGUAUGACAUACCAGAAAUAACUUGAUUUGGCUAUAAUAAGUAGAGAUUGCCUUUUCCAAUGAGUUACAUGUGGAAGAGGGUAAUACUUAUUAAGAGACCUUUGAUGUUGCUAGUACGCAAACAAAAAUAACAUUAAAAAGAACCUUGGGGAAUGGCAUUAUGGUUAAUUUUUCCUUUUAGGUAUUUUAUUUUGGUUUUUAUUUUAGGGUGUCCUUAGGGAGCACGUUUAAACUGCCCUGUUGGAAGAGACAAAUCCAGCGAAUGAAAAUGAAAGAUGUUCUAAUACAAGUACUGGUAGUCAUAUUUCCAUUUAAUAAAAUAUGCAGACUCCACAGUAAAUCUCAUUGGCUGAAGUAUAACUAUUGUGAACCUUCUCACACUGUGAUCACAGACUGAAUAGCACUCACUUUCUUUCAGUGUGAUGUAUGUUAUUUUAGCAUGUCUGAUAGGUAAACAUCAACCAUAAAUGCUUCUGGUUAUCCUGUUGCCCCACAGCUGGAUUGGGGACAAAUCUGUUACCAUUCAACUCAUGUUAGGCUACAAUUCUUUUGAGCCUUCUGGUGACUAAGGGUAAUUGAAUUACAAGCCUUACUAAGUGCAUCAUCUAUAGGUAGGACGUUUACGUUGAUAGCAGAAUCUAAGUCCAUAUUCUGGAAGACUUGAAAUGUAUCAGUGCAGAAUAUUUUUUGUAAACCAGACAACAUCUGCUGUGUUUUUUGUACAGCCAGCUUCAGCAUUUUCCCCCAGUGGGCUGUGUCAGUGAUUUUAUCCAUUGUGUAACAACAUUUCUGUGACAUAUCAGCACUGCAGGCCUGUAUAAUAUGAUGUGAACCACUGUUCUCUGCAAUACAAUAGGAUGGUGUCACAAUAUAUUCAGCAAGGAUCAGUGUGUGUUUAACCCUUUAUUUAUAGGAAAUAACCAAAUAUUUAGUCAAUUUACAUGUAUCUUAUUUUCAUUUCUACACUUUAAUUUUUAAGUGCUAAAAUAAAAAAAUUAAAAAUGUAACUGUACUUAAAUUAAUCAUCCAAUAAAAAAACGUUAUUCUGGAUGGACACUGGUAUUUCUUUUUUUUAUCUUAUUGAAAUUUAAAUUAACAUGAUGUCUACUGGCCACAUUGGUCAGUGAUACAAAAUGUUGAUUUGAGUUUUAUUACCAUAGAAAUGUUCUGUUCAAUGUGAUAUCCGAGGAUUUCUUGCAUACAAAAUAUUUAUUAGAUUGGAACUGAACCGCUCUUAUUUUUUAUUACAUUGAGCCUGAUUUUUUUCCCCCAUGGACUAUUCAAUUACUUUUAAAAUCAGAUACAUAUAUAGAUCAGAAGAAGUCAAUAUAGCUUUGUAAGCAAGUAGACUAAAUGUAUAAGAAAUUGUACUAUGUGUCUUUUAC